AGUAUAUUAUCUAUUCAUAAAUAUGAUGUAUUGUCUCUUAGUGCCCCCCCUGGAAGGCUUCGUGAUGAACAGGGUCCAGGGUGACUACUUUGAAACCCUUUUGUACAAAAUCUUUGUGUCCAUCGAUGAGCAGACUAAUGUGUCAGAGGUGGGUGAAAUCAUAUUACAUCUUAGCCUCGUUGGACCAUCCUGGUCUUGAGAUCACAUCCUGUUUCAUACAGUAGGAGCUUGCAGGACGCUCAAACGAGGCUAAUGGAAUGGAACAAUAAGACUUGUGCUCUACUUAACAAUGUUUAUCGGUGUGUUUUAUUAUUAUUGACUUUAUUAAAGUGAUUUCAGCCCCAUCUAGUGUUGACCCUCUUCCUCUGUGGUGGUUCCAUUCCAGCUGGCUAAUGUUCUGGAGAUCGACUUGGGCCUGGUGAAGGUACGCAACACACAUACACUGUUAUAUUGGCUACUUAUAGGACUGUAUGUUAUUGGGGCCCAUCUGAAUGUUAUAUGGGGUGUAAAGACAUGCCCUUCCUGUCAGCCCACCCUGAAGGUCUGAAAUAAACUACAUCAAAACUACGGCUACAGGGCUCUGGUCUAAAGUAGUGCACUAUAUAGGGAAUAGGGUGUCAUUCUCUGGUCUAAAGUAGUGCACUAUAUAGGGAAUAGGGUGCCAUUCUCUGGUCUAAAGUAGUGCACUAUAUAGGGAAUAGGGUGCCAUUCUCUGGUCUAAAGUAGUGCACUAUAUAGGGAAUAGGGUGCCAUUCUCUGGUCUAAAGUAGUGCACUAUAUAGGGAAUAGGGUGCCAUUCUCUGGUAUUCUCUCAUAGUUGACGUGUACCUAUGAUGAAAAUUACAGGCCUCUCUCAUCUUUUUAAGUGGGAGAACUUGCACAAUUGGUGGCUGACUAAAUACUUUUUUCCCCCACUGUAUAUGCAGAGACCUGUUUGAUUUGAGUACCAUCCAAGCUAGUGAUUACAAAAGUGUUUCUAAUUGAGAGUUUAGACCUAGAAAAAAACAUGACAUUUGUUUUCUUAGCGUUUAAAACAAGUUUAAGCUGUAAAAGAGACCCCUGUAGUAUCCUAAAAUUAGACUCCAACUGCAUUAUACAGUGGGGGAAAAAAUUAUUUAGUCAGCCACCAAUUGUGCAAGUUCUCCCACUUCAAAAGAUGAGAGGCCUGUAAUUUUCAUCAUAGGUACACGUCAACUAUGACAGACAAAUUGAGGAAAUUUUUUCCAGAAAAUCACAUUGUAGGAUUUUUUAUUAAUUUAUUUGUAAAUUAUGGUGGAAAAUAAGUAGUUGGUCAAUAAAAAAAGUUUCUCAAUACUUUGUUAUAUACCACUUGUUGGCAAUGACACAGGUCAAACGUUUUCUGUAAGUCUUCACAAGGUUUUCACACACUGUUGCUGGUAUUUUGGCCCAUUCCUCCAUGCAGAUCUCCUCUAGAGCAGUGAUGUUUUGAGGCUGUCGCUGGGCAACACAGACUUUCAACUCCCUCCAAAGAUUUUCUAUGGGGUUGAGAUCUGGAGACUGGCUAGGCCACUCCAGGACCUUGAAAUGCUUCUUACGAAGCCACUCCUUCGUUGCCUGGGCGGUGUGUUUGGGAUCAUUGUCAUGCUGAAAGACCCAGCCAUGUUUCAUCUUCAAUGCCCUUGCUGAUGGAAGGAGGUUUUCACUCAAAAUCUCACGAUACAUGGCCCCAUUCAUUCUUUCCUUUACACGGAUCAGUCGUCCUGGUCCCUUUGCAGAAAAACAGCCCCAAAGCAUGAUGUUUCCACCCCCAUGCUUCACAGUAGGUAUGGUGACAGGUCUGUGAGAGCCAGAAAUCUUGCUUGUUUGUAGGUGACCAAAUACUUAUUUUCCACCAUAAUUUGCAAAUAAAUUCAUUAAAAAUCCUACAAUGUGAUUUUCUGGAUUUUUUUUCUCAGUUUGUCUGUCAUACUUGACGUGUCCCUAUGAUGAAAAAUUACAGGUCUCUCUCAUCUUUUUAAGUGGGAGAACUUGCACAAUUGGUGGCUGACUAAAUAUUUUUUUCUCCCCACUGUAGCUUGGUCCGCUGUUGGAGCAAUAGAGCACAUCACUGGGUCAUCUGCAUAUAAAUGGAAUUUACAAUAUCUGACAUCAUCACCAAUGUUGUUUAUAUAAAGUGAGAACAAUAGUGGGCCAAUUAUUGAACCCUGAGGGACCCCUUUAAGUAACUGUAAGGGGUCAGACUUGACCCCGUCGACCAUGACGGCCUGAGUUCUAUCUUUAAGAUAGUCAUAAAACCAUCGACAGGCAUCAGUGCCCAGUCCUAUAGAUGACAGCUUACUCAAAAGGAUAGCAUGGUCUACAGUGUCAAAAGCUUUUGACAAAUCUCCAAACAACGCAGCACAGUGCUUUCUAUCAUCUAAGGCAUUUGCAAUAUCAUUUACAACAAGCAUAGUGGCCGAUGUGGUACUGUGUUUAGAUCUAAAACCAGAUUGAUUGGUGCUAAAAAUACUGUUAACAGAAAGAAAAGAUUGUAACUGUUUGUUGACUAUAGAUUCUAGGAUCUUUGCCAGACAAGGGAGCCUAGAGAUGGGUCGAUAGUUAUCCAAAUCACUACCGUCACCUCCCUUAUGUAACGGCAGAACAAAAGCUGCUUUCCACACCUUAGGGAUAUUUCCUGUGCUUAAUGUUUUUCUUUAUUUUUACUAUUUUCUACAUUGUAGAAUAAUAGUGAAGACAUCAAAACUAUGAAAUAACACACAUAUGGAAUCAUGUAGUAACCAAAAAAGUGUUAAACAAAUAAAAUAUAUUUUUGAUUUUUCAAAGUAGACACGCUUUGCCUUGAUGACAGCUUUGCACACUCUUGGCAUUCUCUCAACCAGCUUCAUGAGGUAGUCACCUGGAAUGCUUUUCCAACAGUUUUGAAGGAGUUCCCACAUAUGCUGAGCACUUGUUGCCUGCUUUUCCUUCACUCUGCGGUCCAACUCAUCCCAAACCAUCUCAAUUUGGUUGAGGUCGGGUGAUUGUGGAGGCCAGGUCAUCUGAUGCAGCACUCCAUCACUCUCCUUCUUGGUAAAAUAGCCCUUACACAGCCAGGAGUUGUGUUGGGUCAUUGUCCUGUUGAAAAACAAAUGAUAGUCCCACUAAGCCCAGACCAGAUGGGAUGGCGUAUCACUGCAGAAUGCUGUGGUAGCCAUGCUGGUUAAGUGUGCCUUGAAUUCUAAAUACAUUCCUGGCAUACAGCUUCUGCCUGUACACUGUUAUUUUAAUAGUCCUGUUCUCUCACCCUCCCCCUCUCUCUCUCCCUCCCUCCCCCUCUCUCUCUCCCUCCCUCCCCCUCUCCCAGAAUGCUGUGUCUAUGUACUGUCGUCUGGGCUUUGCCCUGAAGAAAGGAGACUCGUUCAGCUCAGAGCAGCUCCACCCCACAUGGAAGAGUGCCCCCUCUGUCAACAGACUCAAGUAGGUCUUCCAUACCACUUGAAGCCCUUUAUGGAAGCCUGUUGAGGGCCAAAUCCACAAACAUUUGGGUCCGUGAGCCUCUUUUAAAGCCUCUUGGGACACAUGUAACACAACUCCAAACCCAAGGGGAUGUCAAUACCCUGAAUACAAUAACAGAUUUAAAGCACAUUAUUAAAUCACAUCCGCACUAUAAGACACAAGCCCCCUAACACAGACACAGCCCCAGUGUAAGACACAAGCCCCCUAACACAGACACAGCCCCAGUGUAAGACACAAGCCCCCUAACACCCACACAGCCCCACUAUAAGACACAAGCCCCCUAACACCCACACAGCCCCACUAUAAGACACAAGCCCCCUAACACAGACACAGCCCCAGUGUAAGACACAAGCCCCCUAACACCCACACAGCCCCACUAUAAGACACAAGCCCCCUAACACCCACACAGCCCCACUAUAAGACACAAGCCCCCUAACACAGACACAGCCCCAGUGUAAGACACAAGCCCCCUAACACAGACACAGCCCCACUAUAAGACACAAGCCCCCUAACACAGACACAGCCCCACUAUAAGACACAAGCCCCCUAACACAGACACAGCCCCAGUGUAAGACACAAGCCCCCUAACACCCACACAGAGCCCCAGUGUAAGAUACAAGCCCCCUAACACAGACACAGCCCCAGUGUAAUGUAUGUGUGGGGUUUCCCGCCCCGUGUCCCAGGAGCACCGUGGACCCCAAACAGAUGCUGCUGUCGUGGGAACAGGGGAGUCCUGUGACGGAGGCUGGAUCCUCGGCUACGGACACCACCAGCAUGGAGGACCAAGGUGAGCGUCUCCGCUGUCACAAGCCCUGGCUCUGGCCCAGGCUGCCCAAAAUAACCCCUGAGUAGGGCGGCUCUAGCCUGAUCCCAGGUCUGUUUGUGCUGUCUUAAGGUUGUUGUCAUGCAAAACAGUACAAUCCACAGCAUCAUGGGAUUAUGAGUUCUUCUCUCUCUGUGUGUUAGACAACGCCAGUGUGAGCAGCCUGAGUAUCCCUGGUCCUGCUGCUCCGCCCACCAAGAGGAUCGCCUUCCUGUUUGACUCCACCCUCACUGCCUUCCUCAUGAUGGGUAACCUCUCUCCGGUACGUACCCUGACCCUUAACCCCUAACCCUCACUGCCUUCCUCAUGAUGGGUAACCUCUCUCCGGUACGUACCCUGACCCUUAACCCCUAACCCUCACCGCCUUCCUCAUGAUGGGUAACCUCUCUCCGGUACGUACCCUGACCCUGACCCUUAACCCCUAACCCUCACCACCUUCCUCAUGAUGGGUAACCUCUCUCCGGUACGUACCCUGACCCUUAACCCCUAACCCUCACCACCUUCCUCAUGAUGGGAAACCUCUCUCCGGUACGUACCCUGACCCUUAACCCCUAACCCUCACCGCCUCCUCAUGAUGGGUAACCUCUCUCCGGUACUACCCUGACCCUGACCCUUAACCCCUAACCCUCACCGCCUUCCUCAUGAUGGGUAACCCUCUUUUCCGGUACGUAACCCCGACCCUUACACCCCUAACCCUCACACCCCUUCCUCAUGAUGGAAACCUCUCUCCGGUACGUACCCUGACCCUUAACCCCUAACCCUCACCGCCUUCCUCAUGAUGGGUAACCCCCCCUCUCCGGUACGUACCCCCGACCCUGACCCUUACCCCUAACCCUCACCGCCUUCCUCAUGAUGGUACCCUCUCUCCGGUACGUACCCUGACCCUUAACCCCUAACCCUCACCACCUUCCUCAUGAUGGGAACCUCUCUCGGUACGUACCUGACCCUUAACCCCUAACCCUCACCGCCUUCCUCAUGAUGGGUACCUCUCUCCCGGUACGACCUACCCUACCUAACCCCUAACCCUCACCACCUCAUGAUGGGUAACCUCUCUCCGGUACGUACCUGACCUAACCCUAAACCCCUCACCGCCUUAACCCUCAUCCGCUCCUCAUGGGGGUAACCUCUCCUCCGGUACGUCCCUAACCCUGACCCUUAACCCCUAACCCUCACCGCCUUCCUCAUGAUGGGUAACCUCUCUCCGGUACGUCCCACCCCCCUAAACGCCUGACCUCUCCCAACCUAACCCCUAACCUUCAUCACCCCUCCUCCGCCUUCCUCUAACCCGACCCUACCCUACCCUCCGCUUCCUCAUGAUGGGUAACCUCUCUCCGGUACGUACCCUAACCUGACCCUUAACCCCUAACCCUCACCACCUCCUCAUGAUGGGGAACCUCUCUGGUACGGACCCUACCCUGACUUACACCCCUAACCCUCACCACCUUCCUCAUGAUGGGGAACCAUCUCUCCGGGUACAUACACCUGACCCUGACCCUUAACCCCUAACCAUCACCACCUCCUCAUGAUGGGGACACCUUCUACUUCCAGGUACGUAACCCUAACCCUGACCCUUAACCCCUAACCCUCACCACCUUCCUUCAUGAGGGGGAAACCUCUCUCCGGUCAGUAUAUUGUUUCUUAUAGAUUAAUAUGUUAGCUAGAUCGUUUUAACGCUAUAUUGGUAUCGGCCGAUAAUUCCACCGAUAACCGGUAUCCAAUAAAUAGGAUGAAAAAAGGUAAUCUCAUGCUUAUUUGAACACUUGUGGUCAUUCUCAUGAUGUCAUUAUUGUAAGAAAUCAACAUUUUAAGCAUUUUUUUUGUUGUUGACAAUUUCUCUUUUGGAUGACAAUUUAUGAGAAUUCAGUGUGGGAAAAUGACAAUUUUUCAUUUCCCCGCUGUAAAACAAUAUAUCAGCAGAUGUAUUCGGUAAGUUUCCGCAAAAAAUUGGUAUCGGAUCCCAAAAAACAUAUCGGUCAGGCUCUAGUGGUGGUAGUAGUGGUAGCUCAGUUGGUAGAGCAUGGCGCUUGCAACGCCAGGGUUGUGGGUUCGAUUCCCACGGGGGGCCAGUAUGAAGAAAAAAAAACAUGUAUGCACUCACUAACUGUAAGUCGCUCUGGAUAAGAGCGUCUGGUAAAUGACUAAAAUGUAAAUGUAAAAUGGUGGUAGUAGUGGUGGUAGUAGUGGUAGUGGUGGUGGUGGUGGUAGUGAUAGUAGCGGUAGUAGUAGUGAUAGCAGUGAUAGUAGUGAUAGUAGUGGUAGUAGUAGCGGUAGUGGUAGUAGUGGUGUUAGUAGUAGUAGUAGUAGUGAUAGUAGCGGUAGUAGUAGUGGUGGUGGUAGUGGUAGUAGUAUUAGUGGUAGUAGUGAUAGUAGUGGUGGUAGUAGUAGUAGUGAUAGUAGUGGUAGUGAUAGUAGUAGUGGUGGUGGUGGUGGUAGUAGUAGUAGUAGUAGUAGUGACAGUAGUAGUAUUAGUGGUGGUGGUGGUAGUAGUAGUGGAGUAAAAAUUACAGAGUAAAUGUCUAAUUAAAAAGUCUAAUUGAAGAAAAUGUUACUCUGCCAGAUAAUGCUCCCUGUCUAAAAAUAGUCAAAUCUACUCUGGCAGCAGUGUUUUUUUCAGAGGUGUAUUUGCUCAAUUUAGUGUUGAUAUUUACAGUGCCUCCAGAAAGUAUUCAUACCCCUUCAGAAAGUAUUCAUACCCCUCCAGAAAGUAUUCAUACCCCUUCAGAAAGUAUUCAUACCCCUUCAGAAAGUAUUCAUACCCCUUCAGAAAGUAUUCAUACCCCUCCAGAAAGUAUUCAUACCCCUUCAGAAAGUAUUCAUACCCCUCCAGAAAGUAUUCAUACCCCUUCAGAAAGUAUUCAUACCCCUCCAGAAAGUAUUCAUACCCCUUCAGAAAGUAUUCAUACCCCUUCAGAAAGUAUUCAUACCCCUUCAGAAAGUAUUCAUACCCCUCCAGAAAGUAUUCAUACCCCUUCAGAAAGUAUUCAUACCCCUCCAGAAAGUAUUCAUACCCCUUCAGAAAGUAUUCAUACCCCUUCAGAAAGUAUUCAUACCCCUUCAGAAAGUAUUCAUACCCCUUCAGAAAGUAUUCAUACCCCUCCAGAAAGUAUUCAUACCCCUUCAGAAAGUAUUCAUACCCCUCGACUUAUUCCUCAUAUUGUUGACUUACAGCCUGUAAGGUCUACACCUGUUUUUUUCGGCGCAUGUGACAUAAAAUUUGAUUUGAUUUGAACAUUUGAUUUGAAUUCAAAAUGGAUUAAAUAUGUUUUUUUUCACCCAUCUACAGACAAUACCCCAUAAUGAUUAAGUGAAAAUAUGUUUUUAGAAAUGUUAGCAAAUUUCUUGAAAAUCUAAUACAGAAAUAUCACAUUUACAUAAGUAUUCACACCUCUGAGCCAAUACUUUGUAGAAGCACCUUUGGCGGCGAUUACAGCUGUGAGUCUUUCUGGGUAAGUCUUUAAGAGUGUUGCUCACCUGCAUUGUACAAUAUUUAUCCAUUAUUCUUUUUAAAAUUCUUCAGGCUCUGACAAGUUCAUUGUUGAUCAUUACUAGACAGCCAUUUUCAAAUCUUGCCAUAGAUUUUCAAGACGAUUUAAGUCAAAACUCAGGAACAUUCAAUGUCGUCUUAGUAACCAACUCCAGUGUAGAUUUGGCCUUGUGUUUUAGGUUAUUGUCCUACUGAAAGGUGAAUUUGUCUCCCAGUGUCUGGUAGAAAGCAGACUGAACCAGGUUUUCCUCUAGGAUUUUGCCUGCGCUUAGCUCCAUUCCAUUAAUUUUAUCCCAAAAAAAACACCCCAGUCCUUGCUGAUGACAAGCAAUACCCAUAACAUGAUGCAGCCACCACCAUGCUUGAUGCAAUUUUGCGCCAUGGAAAAGUCAAGGGGUGUGAAUACUUUCUGAAGGCACUGUAAGUCUUUUUAUUGUUGCUGAACUAACUACAUGAUCUUCAUUGGCCAAUAUAACUUGCAGGAUAUCAUGGUAGCCAAUGUUUGUAUUUACUGCUGCUAGCUAGUAGUAGCACUCAGCUUAGCAUGUGGCUAGCUAUAGCUACCAUCGGCCAACAGAGUUCUGGCCAGUUUGGCUAUAGAUGUUCAAUGUCUGCUAUGAUAAACCUUGACUAUCUUGAUUUUGUGUAACAGUACGUGAAAUGCUGAUGUGCUGAACCCCUAAUAAGUGAUGUGUUUCAUGGCUGCUAGUGGUUAGCUAGUAGGGUUAAGCCAGCAGGGGUUUAAAAUGAUCUAUGGUAGAAGCCUGCAGGUAAAGAGUCUAUGGUAGAAGCCUGCAGGUAAAGAGUCUAUGGUAGAAGCCUGCAGGUAAAGAGUCUAUGGUAGAAGCCUGCAGGUAAAGAGUCUAUGGUAGAAGCCUGCAGGUAAAGUACCUGGCGGCGACAAAGAUGGCGGCCUCAUGACUAGCUGUUAGGAAACUUUGCGGUAUUUCGUUUUUUUAAUGUAUUUUUUUUACAUUAUUAGCUCAGAAAGUGUUUUGUAUCAUUACAUACAGCCGGGAAAAACUAUUGGAUAUCAGAGUGGCGGUAACUCACCAGAACUACCAGCAUUACGACCAGCAAUACAACUUUCCCGAAGCAGUUCCUUUGUUUGCUCUCCCCAAAGCAAUUGAACUGAUUCCAGCGGCUGACCCAAAACAUCUCCGGCGGAGGAGAGGCACUCGGAGCGGCCUGCUGGUUCGACUUAGGAAGCGCGCACACCACCCACCGCUUCCAAAUAUAUUACUCGCUAAUGUUCAGUCUUUGGAUAACAAAGUCGACGAGCUCAGGGCAAGGAUUUUUUUCCAGAAAGACAUCAGGGCCUGUAACAUAUUUUGUUUCACGUUAACAUGUCUCUCUUGGGAUAUUCUGUCAGAAUCGGUCCAGCCAGAUGGGUUCUCAGUUCAUCGCGCAGACAGGAAUAAAUAUCUCUCCGGGAAGCAGAAGGGCGGAGGUGUGUGUUUCAUGAUUAACGACUCAUGGUGUAAUUGUAAUAACAUAGAGGAACUCGAGUCCUUCUGUUCACCCGACCUAGAAUACCUCACAAUCAAAUGCCGACCGUAUUAUCUCCCAAGAUAAUUUUCUUCUGUUAUAGUCAUGGCCGUGUAUAUCCCCCCUCAAGCCGAUACCACGACGGCCCUCAAAGAACUUCACUGGACCUUAUGCAAACUGGAAACCACAUAUCCUGAGGCUGCAUUUAUUGUAGCCGGGGAUUUUAACAAAGCUAAUUUGAGGACUAGGCUGCCGAAGUUCUAUCAACAUAUCGAGUGUUGUACUCGGGCUGCUAAAAUCCUCGACCAUUGCUAUUCAAACUUCCGGGAUGGUUAUAAGGCCCUCCCCCGCCCUCCUUUCGGCAAAUCUGACCAAGACUCCAUUUCCUUCCUAUAGGUAGAAACUCAAACAGGAAGUACCCAUGCUAAGGACUAUUCAACGCUGGUCUGACCAAUCGGAAUCCACGCUUCAAGAUUGUUUUGAUCACGCAGACUGGGAUAUGUUCCGGGUUGCUUGCGAAAAUAAUUUAGACGAAUACACUGAAACGGUGACUUAGUUUAUCAUGAAGUGUAUAGGAGAUGUUGUGCCCACUGUGACUAUUAAAACCUACCCUAACCAGAAACUUUGGAUAGAUGGAAGCAUUGGCGCAAAACUGAAAGCGCGAACCACCGCAUUCAACCAUGGCAAGGUGACUGGGAAUAUGGAUGAAUACAAACAGUGUAGCUACUCACUCCGCAAGGCAAUUAAACUGGCAAAACAUCAGUAUAGAGACAAAGUGGAGUCGCAAUUCAACGGCUCAGACACGAGACGUAUGUGGGAGGGUCUACAGACAAUCACGGACUACAAAAGGAAAACCAGCCACGUCGCCGACACCGACGUCUUGCUUCCGGACAAGCUAAACACCUUCUUCGCCCGCUUUGAGGAUAACACAGUGCCACCGACGAGGCCCACUACCAAGGACUGUGGCCUCUCCUUCUCCGUGGCCGACGUGAGUAAGACAUUUAAGCAUGUUAACCCCCGCAAGGCUGCCGGCCCAGAACGCAUCCCUAGCCGUGUCCUCAGAGCAUGCGCAGACCAGCUGGCUGGUGUGUUUACGGACAUAUUCAAUCUCUCCCUUUCCCAGUCUGCUGCCCCCACAUGCUUCAAGAUGUCCACCAUUGUCCCUGUACCCAAGAAAGCAAAGGUAACUGAACUAAAUGACUAUAGCCCUGUAGCACUCACCUCUGUCAUCAUGAAGUGCUUUGAGAGACUAGUCAAGGAUCAUAUCACCUCUACCUUACCUGUCACCCUAGACCCACUUCAAUUUGCUUACCGCCCCAUUAUAUCCACAGACGAUGCAAUCGCCAUCACACUGCACACUGCCCUAUCCCAUCUGGACAAGAGGAAUACCUAUGUAAUAAUGCUGUUCAUUGACUAUAGCUCAGCAUUCAACACCAUAGUACCCUCCAAGCUCAUCAUUAAGCUCGAGGCCCUGAGUCUGAACCCCGCCCUGUGCAACUGGGUCCUGGACUUCCUGACGGGCCGCCCCCAGGUGGUGAAGAUAGGAAACAACAUCUCCACUUACAGUGAGGGAAAAAAGUAUUUGAUCCCCUGCUGAUUUUGUACGUUUGCCCACUGACAAAGAUAUUAUCCGUCUAUAAUUUUUAUGGUAGGUUUAUUUGAACAGUGAGAGACAAAAUAACAACAAAAAAUCCAGAAAAACGCAUGUCAAAAAUGUUAUAAAUUGAUUGACACCGAAUGGAAAGAAAUACUAGCCCGGGUCAAGAACUGACAGGAAAGCGAAUGAUGCGUGCAUAAUUCUCAAUAGCAGGUGAUUUUAUCUUUCAUUUGCGAGCUGAGCAAGUAGCCUAUACAGAGUUCAUACAGACAUUGGCAAGUCAAAUUCAAGGACUUUUUCAAGGACCGACAUUUUUUAUUGAAUUGUUGUAAUAGGCUAUAUAUAUACAGUGCAUUCGGAAAGUAUUCAGACCCCUUGACUUUUUCCACAUUUUGUUACGUUCUCAUCAAUCUACCCCAUAAUGACAAAGCAAAAACAGGAUGUUCGAUCGGGGUCAAGUCCGGGCUCUGGCAGGGCCACUCAAGGACAUUCAGAGACUUGUCCCGAAGCCACUCCUGCGUUGUCUUGGCUGUGUGCAUAGGGUCGUUGUCCUGUUGGAAGGUGAACCUUUGCCCCCAGUCAGGUCCUGAGCGCUCUGGAACAGGUUUUCAUCAAGGAUCUCUCUGUACUUUGCUCUGUUCAUCUUUCCCUCAUUCCUGACUAGUCUCCUAGUCCCUGCCACUGAAAACAUUCCCACAGCAUGAUGCUGCCACCACCAUGCUUCACCGUAGGGAUGGUGCCAGGUUUCCUCCAGACAUGACGCUUGGCAUUCAGGCCAAAGAGUUCAAUCUUGGUUUCAUCAGACCAGAGAAUCUUGUUUCUCAUGGUCUGAGAGUCCUUUAGGUGCCUUUUGGCAAACUCCAAGCAGGCUGUCAUGUGCCUUUUACUGAGGAGUGGCUUCCGUCUGGCUACUCUACCAUCAAGGCCUGAUUGGUGGAGUGCUGCAGAGAUGGUUGUCCUUCUGGAAGGUUCUCCCAUCUCCACAGAGGAACUCUGGAGCUCUGUCAGAGUGACCAUCGGGUCCUUGCUCACCUCCCUGACCAAGGCCCUUCUCCCCCGAUUCUUCAGUUUGGCCGGGCGGCCAGCUCUAGGAAGAGUCUGGGUGGUUACAAACUUCUUCCAUUUAAGAAUGAUGGAAGCCACUGUGUUCUUGGGGACCUUCAAUGCUGCAGACAUUUUAUGGUACCCUUCCCUAGAUCUGUGCCUCGACACAAUCCUGUCUCGGACCUCUACGGACAAUUCCUUCGACCUCAUGGCUUGGUUUUUGCUCUGACAUGCACUGUCAACUGUGGGACCUUAUAUAGACAGGUCUGUGCCUUUCCAAAUCAUGUCCAAUCAAUUCAAUUUACCACAGGUGGACUCCAAUCAAGUUGUAGAAACAUCUCAAGGAUGAUCAAUGGAAACAAGAUGCACCUGAGCUCAAUUUCGAGUCGCAUAGCAAAGGGUCUGAAUACUUAUAAUACCCCACAAUACCCCAUAAUAAGGUAUUACAAAAAAAUAAAAAUAAAGUAAAAUACAUUUGCAAACAUUUCUAAAAACCUGUUUUUGCAAUGUCAUUAUGGGGUAUUGUGUGUAGAUUGAUUAGAUAAAAAAAAAAAAAAAAAAUCAUUAUAGAAUAAGGCUGUAACGUAACGUAAUGUGGAAAAGGUCAAGGGGUCUGAAUACUUUCCGAAUGCACUGUAUAUUUAAAAGAAACUCCCCCCAAAAUGUAUGCUAUAAAAGUAUGCAUUGCCACUUUAAGAGUAAUGCCUUUUUUUAUAGGCUAAUUGCAUUAUGCAUUGACAUUCACAUUCUAAAAUAUGUGGGCUGAAUAAUGUGGGCUGACUAAUUAGACAGCAUGCUCCCCACACAAACACACUAAUGAAGUCUGUCCGUGUGGUUGCUAGUCAGUCUCUCCAUUUGAGAUGUUGAAGAGUUAUUGAGGGUUACUGUAUCAUGUUUUAAAGAUGAGAAAGCCCUUUGUAAUGGAACACUUUGUAUGGAAAACCAAGUUGAAGCCAACAGUUGAUGUCACCUUGCUCAUAAUAACCGCACAUGGUUUUACCGCAACAGACUAGCGCAACACCCUUCAAUUGAAACGGCGAGAAACCAUUAUGGCAACCAUUAUGGCAAUGGUCUAUUUGCAUAUAGGCCUACUGCAGCUCUGAUUGGUUAUGGUCUGUGUAGAGGACGGGCCUGUCAAUGGAAUCCUAGUCAAUGGAAUCCUACUCCUGCAUAGUUAGUUUUGCAUACUAAGUCUUGCGUAGUUCAUUCUGUUUCGGUAUGUUGCAUUGAAAGUGGCUAAUGUUGCAUUGAUUCGAUCACAAUUUCUACAGUAGAAUAGGCUACUGUGAAAGUGUUAACUAAGGGGGGAAACUCUAGAGAGUUGAGGGAAGUUCAAUCUGGUGCUUCUCUGCCUUAGUCCUGGGGGUGCCUUAGUCCUGGGGGUGCCUUAGUCCUGGGGGUGCCUUAGUCCUGGGGGUGCACAGCUUAUAGGGAACGUUGUCAAUAAGGAAAACAAAAAGCAAAUUGUGAACCAAAAACGAACGUGAAAAAAAAAAUACUGGCACCCUUGCGACCAAAAAAACUAAAUUAAAAAAAAUGUGAUGAUGCUUUACCCAACCUUGUACAUUGUACUAUUACAACUAUUAAGAGUAGGUUUAAAGCCAGUCUCAGUUCCCAGUUUGGGGACCACUGGACUGAACCAUGGUUCUGUUCUCCCCUCAGAACCUGAAGAGCCAUGCGGUCACCAUGUUUGAGGUGGGGAAGCUGUCUGACGAGACCCUGGACAGCUUUCUGAUGGAGCUGGAGAAAGUAAGCUGUGUGUGUGAUUGAGCUAAAGAGAAUAAGCCUUCAUUACUAUGCUUCAUGGGAACUAAGCCAGUCGCUGGAGGUGACAAACCAAUUGACACAGAGGGGUCGUAGAGGGGGAGACAGCAAUACAACAGGCUCACAGGGGCAGACUCACAUUUGUACACAUGACAGACACAGGAACACACACACACACACACACACACACACACACACACAGAGGGCGUGGCCCAUGUAACCCCUCUCUCUCUGUGUCUCUCUCUCUCCUCUCUCUCUCUCUCUCUCUCUCCUCUCCUCUCUCUCUUCUCUCUCUCUCUCUCUCUCUCUCCCCCCCCCUCCAUCAGGUAGAGAGCACAGCGGAGGGCGAGGCCCAGAGGUAUUUUGACCACGCUCUGACCCUCAGGAACACCAUCCUGUUUCUCCGCUACAACAAGGAGCUGACCACCGAUCAGGGCCCUGACCUGCCUAACAACGGUAACUAACAACACAGCUUACGCCUCUUCCUUUAGUCAGGAAGCAAUAACUAUGAUUACACCCUCUUCCUGUAGUCAGGAAGCAAUAACUAUGAUUACACCCUCUUCCUGUAGUCAGGAAGCAAUAACUAUGAUAUACACCCUCUUCUGUAGUCAGGAAGCAAUAACGAUGAUUACACCCCUUCCUGUAGUCAGGAAGCAGUAACUAUGAUUACACCCUCUUCCUGUAGUCAGGAAGCAAUAACUAUGAUUACACCCUUUCCUGUAGUCAGGAAGCAAUAACUAUGAUUACACCCCUCUUCCUGUAGUCAGGAAGCAGUAACUAUGAUUACACCCUCUUCCUGUAGUCAGGAAGCAAUAACUAUGAUUACACCCUCUUCCUGUAGCCAGGAAGCAGUAACUAUGAUUACACCCUCUUCCUGUAGUCAGGAAGCAAUAACUAUGAUUACACCCUCUUCCUGUAGUCAGGAAGCAAUAACUAUGAUUACACCCUCUUCCUGUAGUCAGGAAGCAAUAAACUAUGAUUAACCCUCUUCCUGUAGUCAGGAAGCAAUAACUAUGAUUACACCCUCUUCCUUUAGUCAGGAAGCAAUAACUAUGAUUACACCCUCUUCCUGUAGUCAGGAAGCAAUAACUAUGAUUACACCCUCUUCCUGUAGUCAGGAAGCAAUAACUAUGAUUACACCCUCUUCCUGUAGUCAGGAAGCAGUAACUAUGAUACACCCCUCUUCUGUAGUCAGGAAGCAGUAACUAUGAUUACACCCUCUUCCUGUAGUCAGGAAGCAAUAACUAUGAUUACACCCUCUUCCUGUAGUCAGGAAGCAAUAACUAUGAUUACACCCUCUUCCUGUAGCCAGGAAGCAAUAACUAUGAUUACACCCUCUUCCUUUAGUCAGGAAGCAAUAACUAUGAUUACACCCUCUUCCUGUAGCCAGGAAGCAAUAACUAUGAUUACACCCUCUUCCUUAAGUCCUGGCAAGCAAUAACUAUGAUUACCACCCUCUUCCUUUAGCCAGGAAGCAAUAACUAUGAUUACACCCUCUUCCUGUAGCCAGGAAGCAAUAACUAUGAUUACACCCCUCUUCCUUUAGUCAGGAAGCAAUAACUAUGGAUUACACCCUCUUCCUGUAGCCAGGAAGCAAUAAACUAUGAAGGACACCCUCUUCCUGUAGUCAGGAAGCAAAACUAUGAUUACACCCUCUUCCUGUAGCCAGGAAGCAAUAACUAUGAUUACACCCUCUUCCUUUAGUCAGGAAGCACAUAACUAUGAUUACACCCUCUUCCUGUCGUCAGGAAGGCAAUAACUAUGAUUCCAACCCUCUUCCUGUAGUCAGGACAGCAAUAAACUAUGAUUACACCCUCUUCCUGUAGUCAGGAAGCCAAUAACAUUGAUUUUUUGUUUUUAACACCCUCUUCCUGUAGUCAGGAAGCAAUAACUAUGAUUACACCCUCUUCUGUGUGUUAAAACUAGUUAGAAUUAAAAAUGAAAGUUGUUAGAAAAUCUAUGAGUGCAGUGGUAUAAGUACACUGAACAAAAAUAUAAACGCAACAUGUAAAGUGUUGGUCCCACCAUGUUCCAUGAGGUGAAAUAAAAGAUCCCAGAAAUGUUCCAUACGCACAAAAUGCUUAUUUCUCUCAAAUGUUGUGCACAAAUUUGUUUACAUCCCUGUUAGUGAGCAUUUAUUAUUUGCCAAAAUAACCCAUCCACCUGACAGGUGUGGCAUAUCAAGAAGCUGAUUAAACAGCAUGAUCAUUUCACAGGUGCACCUUGUGCUGGGGACAAUAAAAGGCCACUCUAAAAUGUGCGGUUUUGUCACACAACACAAUGCCACAGAUGUCUCAAGUUUUGAGGCAGUGUGAAAUUGGCAUGCUGACUGCAGGAAUGUCCACCAGAGCUGUUGCCAGAUAAUUGAAUGUUAAUUUCUCUACCAUAAGCCGCCUCAACGUCAUUUUAGAGAAUUUUGCAGUAAGUCCAACUGGCUGCAUGAGGCAAAUGGUGGUCACACCAGAUACUGACUGGUUUUCUGAUCCACGCCCCUACCUUUCUUUAAAGGUAUUUGUGACCACCGAUGCAUAUCUGUAUUCCCAGUCAUGUGAAAUCCAUAGAUUAGGGCCUAAUGAAUUUAUUUCAUUUGACUGAUUUCCUUAAAUGAACUGUAACUAGUAAAAUCUUUGAAAUUGUUGCAUGUUGCGCUUACAUUUAUGUUCAGUGUAGAUAGUAGCUUUAACAUCCUGUCGGGUUAUUACUGUUUUUGGUGCUUUUUUGUUUUGUUGGGUGCUUUAAUCAAGUCAAGUUUAUUCACAUUCAGUUAUUGUGACUGUUUCUUUUUCGGUCUGUGUAAAUGAAAUACAACAGGUCUGAGUGUGAUGAAAACAACAUCCAGAGACACUCUAAUAUUCAGAAUCGACAGACCUUUUGUUUGUGUAUAGUGCUGCUGGAUUUGAUUGAUCUCUGUGUGUGACGUGUCCGUCAGGGUUUUUGUAGGCCGGUAAUAGACGGCUUUUGACCGAUCCAAAAAUAGAAAUGCUGAUAAAUAAAGUUGAAAAUGCUUUUUAGGCUCUUCACUGAUGGAAAUAUCAGUCAAUGUAAAUACAUUGGACUGGUCAUGCUCAGCGGUCAAUAGGUACAUUUGCACAAUUUAAUGGGAUUAAAUACAGUAUAUUCAUUAUAUAUCUUAUUUAUCACACGCAUACAGCAUACAGAUACAGUGAGGGAAAAAAGUAUUUGAUCCCCUGCUGAUUUUGUACGUUUGCCCACUGACAAAGAAAUUAUCAGUCUAUAAUUUUAAUGGUAAGUUUAUUUGAACAGUGAGAGACAGAAUAACAACAAAAAAUCCAGAAAAAUGCAUGUCAAAAAUGUUAUAAAUUGAUUUGCAUUUUAAUGAGGGAAAUAAGUAUUUGACCCCCUCUCAAUCAGAAAGAUUUCUGGCUCCCAGGUGUCUUUUAUACAGGUAACGAUAAAAUAACCGCGAUUAUAACCGCGGUUAUAACCGCGAUUGAUAAUAGACAGUACUGUGCAGCCGUCUUCAUCGACCUGGCCAAGGCUUUCGACUCUGUCAACCACCGCAUUCUUAUUAGCAGACUAAAUAGCCUUGGUUUCUCAAAUGACUGCCUCGCCUGGUUCACCAACUACUUCUCAGAUAGAGUUCAGUGUGUCAAAUCGGAGGGCCUGUUGUCUGGACCUAUGGCAGUCUCUAUGGGGGUGCCACAGGGUUCAAUUCUAGGGCCGACUCUAUUCUCUGUGUAUGUCAAUGACGUCGCUCUUGCUGCUGGUGACUCUCAGAUCCACCUCUACGCAGACGACACCAUUUUGUAUACAUCUGGCCCUUCAUUGGACACUGUGUUAACAAACCUCCAAACGAGCUUCAAUGCCAUACAACACUCCUUCAGUAGCCUCCAACUGCUCUUAAACACUAGUAAAACUAAAUGCAUGCUUUUCAAUCGAACGCUGCUGGCACCCGCCCACCCGACUAGAAUCACCACUCUCGACGGGUCUGACCUAGAGUAUGUGGACAACUACAAAUACCUAGGUGUCUGGUUAGACUGUAAACUCUCCUUCCAGACUCACAUUAAGCAUCUCCAAUCCAAAGUUAAAUCUAGAAUCGGUUUCCUAUUUUGCAACAAAGCCUCCUUCACUCAUGCUGCCAAACAUGCCCUCGUAAAACUGACUAUCCUACCGAUCCUUGACUUCGGCGAUGUCAUUUACAAAAUAGCCUCCAACACUCUACUCAGCAAAUUGGAUGUAGUCUAUCACAGUGCCAUCCGUUUUGUCACCAAAGCCUCAUAUACUACCCACCACUGUGACCUGUACGCUCUUGUUGGCUGGUCCUCACUACAUGUUCGUCGUCAAACCCACUGGCUCCAGGCCAUCUAUAAAUCACUGCUAGGCAAAUCCCCGCCUUAUCUUAGCUCAUUGGUCACCAUAGCAGUACCCACCCGUAGUCUGCGCUCCAGCAGGUAUAUCUCACUGGUCAUCCCCAAAGCCAACACCUCCUUUGGCCGCCAUUCCUUCCAGUUCUCUGCUGCCAAUGACUGGAACGAAUUGCAAAAAUCUCUGAAGCUGGAGACUCUUAUCUCCCUCACUAACUUUAAGCAUCAGUUGUCAGAGCACCUUACCGAUCACUGCACCUGUACACAGCCCAUCUGAAAUUAGCCCACCCAACUACCUCAUCCCUAUAUUGUUAUUUAUUUUGCUCUUUUGCACCCCAGUAUCUCUAUUUGCACAUAAUCUCUUGCACAUCUAGCAUUCCAGUGUUAAUACUAUUGUAAUUAUUUUUGCACUAUGGCCCAUUUAUUGCCUUACCUCCAUAACUUGCUACAUUUGCACACACUGUAUAUGUAUUUUCUGUUGUAUUUUUGACUUUAUGUUUUUUUACCCCAUAUGUAACUCUGUUGUUUUUAUUGCACUGCUUUGCUUUAUCUUGGCCAGGUCGCAAUUGUAAAUGAGAACCUGUUCUCAACUGGCUUACCUGGUUAAAUAAAGGUUAAAUAAAAAAUAAAUAAAAAAAAUAAACGAGCUGAGAUUAGGAGGACACUCUUAAAGGGAGUGCUCCUAAUCUCAGCUUGUUACCUGUAUAAAAGACACCUGUCCACAGAAGCAAUCAAUCAAUCAGAUUCCAAACUCUCCACCAUGGCCAAGACCAAAGAGCUCUCCAAGGAUGUCAGGGACAAGAUUGUAGACCUACCCAAGGCUGGAAUGGGCUACAAGACCAUUGCCAAGCAGCUUGGUGAGAAGGUGACAACAGUUGGUGCGAUUAUUCGCAAAUGGAAGAAACACAAAAGAACUGUCAAUCUCCCUCAGCCUGGGGCUCCAUGCAAGAUCUCACCUCGUGGAGUUGCAAUGAUCAUGAGAACGGUGAGGAAUCAGCCCAGAACUACACGGGAGGAUCUUGUCAAUGAUCUCAAGGCAGCUGGGACCAUAGUCACCAAGAAAACAAUAGGUAACACACUACGCCGUGAAGGACUGAAAUCCUGCAGCGCCCGCAAGGUCCCCCUGCUCAAGAAAGCACAUAUACAGGCCCGUCUGAAGUUUGCCAAUGAACAUCUGAAUGAUUCAGAGGAGAACUGGGUGAAAGUGUUGUGGUCAGAUGAGACCAAAAUGGAGCUCUUUGGCAUCAACUCAACUCGCCGUGUUUGGAGGAGGAGGAAUGCUGCCUAUGACCCCAAGAACACCAUCCCCACCGUCAAACAUGGAGGUGAAAACAUUAUGCUUUAGGGGUGUUUUUCUGCUAAGGGGACAGGACAACUUCACCGCAUCAAAGGUACGAUGGACGGGGCCAUGUACCGUCAAAUCUUGGGUGAGAACCUCCUUCCCUCAGCCAGGGCAUUGAAAAUGGGUCGUGGAUGGGUAUUCCAGCAUGACAAUGACCCAAAACACACGGCCAAGGCAACAAAGGAGUGGCUCAAGAAGAAGCACAUUAAGGUCCUGGAGAGGCCUAGCCAGUCUCCAGACCUUAAUCCCAUAAAAAAUCUGUGGAGGGAGCUGAAGGUUCGAGUUGCCAAACGUCAGCCUCGAAACCUUAAUGACUUGGAGAAGAUCUGCAAAGAGGAGUGGGACAAAAUCCCUCCUGAGAUGUGUGCAAACCUGGUGGCCAACUACAAGAAACGUCUGACCUCUGUGAUUGCCAACAAGGGUUUUGCCACCAAGUACUAAGUCAUGUUUUGCAGAGGGGUCAAAUACUUAUUUCCCUCUUUAAAAUGCAAAUCAAUUAAUAACAUUUUUGACAUGCGUUUUUUUUUUUUUUGUUAUUCUGUCUCUCACUGUUCAAAUAAACCUACCAUUAAAAUUAUAGACUGAUCAUUUAUUUUCAGUGGGCAAACGUACAAAAUCAGCAGGGGAUCAAAUACUUUUUUCCCCUCACUGUAGUUGUUGCAUCUUUAGAUCUCCCCUCUUUCUAAAUUUCUAAUGGAUAUUUUCAUCUCUGUCAUAUGAAAACAUGUGCAGUGCACUUUGGACAACAUGCGUUUUCCUGCUAAUUGCAUUAUUGAACCAACAUUUGCAUACGUAGCCUUACUGCAUUGCUGCGCUUAUAUUGUGACGAAAUAAUAUUUGAUCAACAUUUUAAGCUAAAUGUUAUGAUCUGUUGCAUCAGCUAAGGCCUACUGGUUGAAUGAAUUUAUCUCCUGUCCCAGAGUCUGUUUUGAACAGGCUGUUUUCUUUGUCGCACAGAACGACAAGUUGACCAAUAGAACAGGUCUAGGUAAACUUUUCUACUAUAGUAGAUUGACGUAGGCUAGUGAUUUUACUGUUCGUUACUCGUCGUGUUGGCUGAGGAAAAGUAAAUGUGGACAGUUAUUCUAACAUGUUCAAAGUGCUCAUCUGUGUGUGUCUCUGUGUCUCUGUGUCUCUGUGUGUGUUUCUGUGUCUCUGUGUGUGUUUCUGUGUCUCUGUGUGUGUUUCUGUGUCUCUGUGUGUGUUUCUGUGUCUCUGUGUGUGUUUCUGUGUUUCUGUGUGUGUCUCUCUGUGUCUCUCUGUGUCUCUGUGUGUGUCUCUCUGUGUCUCUCUGUGUCUCUGUGUCUCUGUGUGUCUCUCUGUGUCUCUGUGUGUGUCUCUCUGUGUCUCUCUGUGUCUCUGUGUGUGUCUCUCUGUGUCUCUCUGUGUCUCUGUGUCUCUGUGUGUCUCUCUGUGUCUCUGUGUGCUGUGUCCCCCCAGGCCUCCCCCUGGAUAUGCUCCGCUGUGAGAGUCUGCUGGGUCUAGACCAGGCCACCUGCAGCCGUGUCCUCAACAAGAACUACAAACUACUGGUCUCCAUGGCACCGCUCAGCAACGAGAUACGACCUAUCAGCAGCUGCAGCCCCCAGGUACACACUGGUCCCCCUUCCCAGAGCCUCCUCUCACCACCGCAGGCAACGCACACUGGUCCCCCUUCCCAGAGCCUCCUGUCACCACCACCGCAGGCAACGCACACUGGUCCCCCUUCCCAGACCCUCCUCUCACCACAGCAGGCAACGCACACUGGUCCCCCUUCCCAGAGCCUCCUGUCACCACCACAGCAGGCAACGCACACUGGUCCCCCUUCCCAGACCCUCCUCUCACCACAGCAGGCAACGCACACUGGUCCCCCUUCCCAGACCCUCCUCUCACCACAGCAGGCAACGCACACUGGUCCCCCUUCCCAGAGCCUCCUGUCACCACCGCAGCAGGCAACGCACACUGGUCCCCCUUCCCAGACCCUCCUCUCACCACAGCAGGCAACGCACACUGGUCCCCCUUCCCAGAGCCUCCUGUCACCACCACAGCAGGCAACGCACACUGGUCCCCCUUCCCAGAGCCUCCUCUCACCACCGCAGGCAACGCACACUGGUCCCCCUUCCCAGAGCCUCCUGUCACCACCACCGCAGGCAACGCACACUGGUCCCCCUUCCCAGAGCCUCCUCUCACCACAGCAGGCAACGCACACUGGUCCCCCUUCCCAGAGCCUCCUCUCACCACCGCAGGCAACGCACACUGGUCCCCCUUCCCAGAGCCUCCUGUCACCACCACAGCAGGCAACACACACUGGUCCCCCUUCCCAGAGCCUCCUCUCACCACCGCAGGCAACGCACACUGGUCCCCCUUCCCAGAGCCUCCUGUCACCACCACCGCAGGCAACGCACACUGGUCCCCCUUCCCAGAGCCUCCUCUCACCACCGCAGGCAACGCACACUGGUCCCCCUUCCCAGAGCCUCCUCUCACCACCACCGCAGGCAACGCACACUGGUCCCCCUUCCCAGAGCCUCCUCUCACCACCGCAGGCAACGCACACUGGUCCCCCUUCCCAGAGCCUCCUGUCACCACCACCGCAGGCAACGCACACUGGUCCCCCUUCCCAGAGCCUCCUCUCACCACAGCAGGCAACGCACACUGGUCCCCCUUCCCAGACCCUCCUCUCACCACAGCAGGCAACGCACACUGGUCCCCCUUCCCAGAGCCUCCUGUCACCACCGCAGCAGGCAACGCACACUGGUCCCCCUUCCCAGAGCCUCCUCUCACCACCGCAGGCAACGCACACUGGUCCCCCUUCCCAGAGCCUCCUGUCACCACCACAGCAGGCAACACACACUGGUCCCCCUUCCCAGAGCCUCCUCUCACCACCGCAGGCAACGCACACUGGUCCCCCUUCCCAGAGCCUCCUGUCACCACCACCGCAGGCAACGCACACUGGUCCCCCUUCCCAGAGCCUCCUCUCACCACCGCAGGCAACGCACACUGGUCCCCCUUCCCAGAGCCUCCUCUCACCACCACCGCAGGCAACGCACACUGGUCCCCCUUCCCAGAGCCUCCUCUCACCACCGCAGGCAACGCACACUGGUCCCCCUUCCCAGAGCCUCCUGUCACCACCACCGCAGGCAACGCACACUGGUCCCCCUUCCCAGAGCCUCCUCUCACCACCACCGCAGGCAACGCACACUGGUCCCCCUUCCCAGAGCCUCCUCUCACCACCACCGCAGGCAACGCACACUGGUCUCCCUUCCCAGAGCCUCCUCUCACCACCGCAGGCAACGCACACUGGUCCCCCUUCCCAGAGCCUCCUCUCACCACCGCAGGCAACGCACACUGGUCCCCCUUCCCAGAGCCUCCUGUCACCACCACCGCAGGCAACGCACACUGGUCCCCCUUCCCAGAGCCUCCUCUCACCACCACAGGCAACGCACACUGGUCCCCCUUCCCAGACCCACCUCUCACCACCGCAGGCAACGCACACUGGUCCCCCUUCCCAGACCCACCUCUCACCACCGCAGGCAACGCACACUGGUCCCCCUUCCCAGAGCCUCCUCUCACCACCACAGGCAACGCACACUGGUCCCCCUUCCCAGACCCACCUCUCACCACCGCAGGCAACGCUGGGACUGACUAGGGCCAGUUGAGAUGGUGUAUGUAAUGCAUGCGUAGUGUAUGUGUGUGUGUGUGUGUGUGUGUGUGUGUGUGAGUGUGUGUUUGCACUAGUCAUAUGCUCUAAGACUGUUCCAGCCAACACACACCAGAUCUGGGGAUUCACACUCAUUCAGACUGGAAAGCAAUUUGUCCUGGACAGACUCCAGUCUUCGUCUCCAGGCUGGGAUCUGACUGACAGGGAGAACAGAGAACUAUACAACUAUAAAACUAUAAAAUAAACUACAGAAAUAUGCAACUAUACAACUACAGAAAUAUACAACCACAUAAUUAUACAACUAUACAACUAGAGAACUACAGUUGAAGUCGGAAGUUUACAUACACCUUAGCUAAAUACAUUUAAACUAAAUUUUUCACAAUUCCUGACAUUUAAUCCUAGUAAAAAUUCCCUGUCUUAGGUCAGUUAGGAUCACCACUUUAUUUUAAGAAUGUGAAAUGUCAGAAUAAUAGUAGAGAGAAUGAUUUAUUUCAGCUUUUAUUUCUUUCAUCACAUUUCCAGUGGGUCAGAAGUUUACAUACACUCAAUUAGUAUUUGGUAGCAUUGCCUUUAAAUUGUUUAACUUGGGUCAAACGUUUCGGGUAGCCUUCCACAAGCUUCCCACAAUAAGUUGGGUGAAUUUUGGCCCAUUCCUCCUGACAGAGCUGGUGUAACUGAGUCAGGUUUGUAGGCCUCCUUGCUCGCACAUGCUUUUUCAGUUCUGCCCACAAAUCUUCUGUAGGAUUGAGGUCAGGGCUUUGUGAUGGCCACUCCAAUACCUUGACUUUGUUGUCCUUAAGCCAUUUUGCCACAAUUUUGGAAGUAUGCUUGGGGUCAUUGUCCAUUUGCAAGAACCAUUUGCGACCAAGCUUUAACUUCCUGACUGAUGUCUUGAGAUGUUGCUUCAUAUCCACAUAAUUUUCCUUCCUCAUGAUGCCAUCUAUUUUGUGAAGUGCACCAGUCCCUCCUGCAGCAAACCACCCCCACAGCAUGAUGCUGCCACCCCCGUGCUUCACGGUUGGGAUGGUGUUCUUCGGCUUGCAAGACCCCCUUUUUCCUCCAAACAUAACAAUGGUCAUUAUGGCCAAACAGUUCUAUUUUUGUUUCAUCAGACCAGAGGACAUUUCUCCAAAAAGUACAAUCUUUGUCCCCAUUUGCAGUUGCAAACCAUAGUAUGGCUUUUUUAUGGCGGUUUUGGAGCAGUGGCUUCUUCUUUGCUGAGUGGCCUUUCAGGUUAUGUCGAUAUAGGACUCGUUUUACUGUGGAUAUAGAUACUUUUGUACCUGUUUCCUCCAGCAUCUUCACAAGGUCCUUUGCUGUUGUUCUGGGAUUGAUUUGCACUUUUCUACCGAAGUACGUUCAUCUCUAGGAGACAGAACGCGUCUCCUUCCUGAGCGGUAUGACGGCUGCGUGGUCCCAUGGUGUUUAUACUUGCGUACUAUUGUUUGUACAGAUGAACGUGGUACCUUCAGGCAUUUGGACCUUUCUCCCAAGGAUGAUCCAGACUUGUGGAGGUCUACAACUUUUUUUCUGAGGUCUUGGCUGAUUUCUUUUGAUUUUCCCAUGAUGUCAAGCAAAGAGGCACUGAGUUUGAAGAUAGGCCUUGAAAUACAUCCACAGGUACACCUCCAAUUGACUCAAAUGAUGUAAAUUAGCCUAUCAGAAGCUUCUAAAGCAUGACAUCAUUUUCUGGAAUUUUCCAAGCUGUUUAAAGGCACAGUCAACUUAGUGUAUGUAAACUUCUGACCCACUGGAAAUGUGAUCUGUCUGUAAACAAUUGUUGGAAAAAUUACUUGUAUCAUGCACAAAGUAGAUGUCCUAACCGACUUGCCAAAACUAUAGUUUGUUAACAAGAAAUUUGUGGAGUGGUUGAAAAACGAGUUUUAAUGACUCCAACCUAAGUGUAUGUAAACUUCCGACUUCAACUGUAUACAACUAUAUAACUACAUAACUACAGAAGUAUACAGCUAAUCAACUAUACAAAUACAGAACUAUAGAACUAUACAACUAUACAACUAUACAGCUAAUCAACUAUACAACUACAGAACUAUAGAAAUAUACAACUAUACAACUAUACAGCUAAUCAACUAUACAAAUACAGAACUAUAGAACUAUACAACUAUACAACUAUACAGCUAAUCAACUAUACAAAUACAGAACUAUAGAACUAUAGAACUAUACAACUACACAACUACACAACUAUACAACUACAGAACUAUACAACUAUACAACUACAGAAACUAUACAACUACAGAACUAAGCCUCUCUGACUGACAGGACACUCCCUUUCUCUGUUAGUUUUUUUGUUUUUUUGCCUUGUUCAACGAUCCUGAUCUCAUGAGUUUACAGCACAGUUAGGAUGGUGGCUCAGCCACAGUCAGGAUGGUGGAUCAGCCACAGUCAGGAUGGUGGAUCAGCCACAGUCAGGAUGGUGGAUCAGCCACAGUCAGGAUGGUGGAUCAGCCACAGUCAGGAUGGUGGAUCAGCCACAGUCAGGAUGGUGGAUCAGCCACAGUCAGGAUGGUGGAUCAGCCACAGUCAGGAUGGUGGAUCAGCCACAGUCAGGAUGGUGGAUCAGCCACAGUCAGGAUGGUGGAUCAGCCACAGUCAGGAUGGUGGAUCAGCCACAGUCAGGAUGGUGGAUCAGCCACAGUCAGGAUGGUGGAUCAGCCACAGUCAGGAUGGUGGAUCAGCCACAGUCAGGAUGGGGAUCAGCCACAGUCAGGAUGGUGGAUCAGCCACAGUCAGGAUGGUGGAUCAGCCACAGUCAGGAUGGUGGAUCAGCCACAGUCAGGAUGGUGGAUCAGCCACAGUCAGGAUGGUGGAUCAGCCUAUUGUUUUCUAUCAGGAUUUGAACAUUCUUGUAAAUUCCAAGAACCUUGGCUGGGAUCCAGCUAAUCUGAGUGAUGUAAUGGUACAUAAAGUAGUAUGUGCUUCUGUCCCUAUUCAAAUCAACCAUACAUAAAGUAGUAUGUGCUUCUGUCCCUAUUCAAAUCAACCAUACAUAAAGUAGUAUGUGCUUCUGUCCCUAUUCAAAUCAACCAUACAUAAAGUAGUAUGUGCUUCUGUCCCUAUUCAAAUCAACCAUACAUAAAGUAGUAUGUGCUUCUGUCCCUAUUCAAAUCAACCAUACAUAAAGUAGUAUGUGCUUCUGUCCCUAUUCAAAUCAACCAUACAUAAAGUAGUAUGUGCUUCUGUCCCUAUUCAAAUCAACCAUACAUAAAGUAGUAUGUGCUUCUGUCCCUAUUCAAAUCAACCAUACAUAAAGUAGUAUGUGCUUCUGUCCCUAUUCAAAUCAACCAUACAUAAAGUAGUAUGUGCUUCUGUCCCUAUUCAAAUCAACCAUACAUAAAGUAGUAUGUGCUUGCUUCUGUCCCUAUUCAAAUCAACCAUACAUAAAGUAGUAUGUGCUUCUGUCCCUAUUCAAAUCAACCAUACAUAAAGUAGUAUGUGCUUCUGUCCCUAUUCAAAUCAACCAUACAUAAAGUAGUAUGUGCUUCUGUCCCUAUUCAAAUCAACCAUACAUUAAUUAAUAAAUAAACGUUAUUGUUUCCCCUGCAGCACAUUGGGCCAGCCAUCCCCGAGGUGAGCUCCAUCUGGUUCAAGCUCUACCUGUACCAUGUGACCGGCCAGGGUCCUCCCUCCCUGCUGCUGUCCAAGGGCUCCAGGCUCCGGAAACUUCCAGACAUCUUCCAGGUCAGUCUGUAGAAACUACCAGACAUCUUCCAGGUCAGUCUAUAGAAACUACCAGACAUCUUCCAGGUCAGUCUAUAGAAACUACCAGACAUCUUCCAGGGCAGUCUAUAGAAACUACCAGACAUCUUCCAGGGCAGUCUAUAGAAACUACCAGACAUCUUCCAGGGCAGUCUAUAGAAACUACCAGACAUCUUCCAGGGCAGUCUAUAGAAACUACCAGACAUCUUCCAGGGCAGUCUAUAGAAACUACCAGACAUCUUCCAGGUCAGUCUAUAGAAACUACCAGACAUCUUCCAGGUCAGUCUAUAGAAACUACCAGACAUCUUCCAGGGCAGUCUAUAGAAACUACCAGACAUCUUCCAGGGCAGUCUGUAGAAACUACCAGACAUCUUCCAGGUCAGUCUAUAGAAACUACCAGACAUCUUCCAGGGCAGUCUGUAGAAACUACCAGACAUCUUCCAGGGCAGUCUAUAGAAACUACCAGACAUCUUCCAGGUCAGUUUUAACGGUCCAAUAUUCCGUGGACUCGUUUCCCGGACACAGAUUAAUUCAAUGGAGAAUUUACAUUGAAAAUCCAUUUUAGUCUAGGACUAGGGUUCUUCUGUGUCUGGGAAAGCGCCGGUCCUUGCUGUCUGGUCCGAGAGCUACAACCUGUCAUCAGAAAGACAAACUCCGUUCUUCUGGUUGUGAGGAUUCCUGGUGAUUAUUGUAUGUGUUCCAGGUUUUUGACAGGUUGCUGAUCACUUCCUGGGGUCACGACCCCGGUGUGGUUCCUACGUCCAACGUGCUGACCAUGCUCAAUGACGCCCUCACGCACUCCGCUGUACUCAUACAGGUAACACACACACACACACACACACACACUCACUCACUCACACACACACACACACACACACACACACACACACACACUAACGUAAGUGUCUCUGGGUCCACAGGGCCAUGGAAUGCAGGGUCAUGGAGAGACAGUUCACGUCCCCUUCCCGUUUGACCAGGAGGAUCUCAAAGGAGGUAUCUGGUUCUCUAGCGUCUGUAUGUGAUACACUGAUGAUCGUUUCUGAUAAUCAAGUCAGAGACCUGUUGCUUUCUCUUCCUUCUUUCUCUGGGAACAAUUUAAUUUGGUUGACUACAAGAAGUGACAUGUUAGAAGUAUCACAUGUAAGAGUUGAUAUUCAAAUAUUUCUGUGUGAACCUAGUUUAACCCUUUCUGUUCCCUGUCCUGUCCUGUCCUGUCCUGUCCCGCCCUGUCCUGUCCUGUCCUGUCCCGUCCCGUCCUGUCCUGUCCCGUCCCGUCCCGUCCCGUCCCCCCCCUCCCCCAGAGUUCUCCUCCUCCAACAUGUGUGUCCACAAGGCCCUGCUGCUGCUGAGGGAGAAGGUGGAUCUGGAUCACCAGUGUGGAUACAUCACCAUGCUCAACCCCAACAACAGGCACUGCAGGAGGGCCAGCGAGAGCUCCGACGGCAGGGGUGAGUGGAGGGCUGGGGUUAGGGUUGGGACGGUUAGAUGGUAGGGGUGAGUGGAGGGCUGGGGUUAGGGUUGGGACGGUCAGAUGGUAGGGGUGAGUGGAGGGCUGGGGUUAGGGUUGGGGGUAGGUCUGACGGCAGGGGUGAGUGGAGGGCUGGGGUUAGGGUUGGGACGGGGGUGAGUGGAGGGCUGGGGUUAGGGUUGGGACGGGGGUGAGUGGAGGGCUGGGGUUAGGGUUGGGACGGUCAUAUAAUUUUGGAUGAAGGUAAUUGGCCAGUCUCCGUAAUAACCGUUGGAAUGGGAGAAAAAAAACAGUUUUCUUCUCUCCUUCGCUCCUGACUGCAUGUGCUGCCAUAGAAAUAGAAUGAAUAGAACGGGCGUCUUCUUAUUAUUUUUAAAUAUAAUAUAGGGCCAGCGAGAGCUCCGACGGCAGGGGUGAGUGGAGGGCUGGGGUUAGGGUUGGGACGGUCAGAUGGUAGGGGUGAGUGGAGGGCUGGGGUUAGGGUUGGGACGGUCAUAUAAUUUUGGAUGAAGGUAAUUGGCCAGACAAAUAAUCGCAGUCUCCGUAAUAACCGUUGGAAUGGGAGAAAAAAAAACGUUUUCUUCUCUCCUUCGCUCCUGACUGCAUGUGCUGCCAUAGAAAUAGAAUGAAUAGAACGGGCGUCUUCAUAUUAUUUUUUAAAAAUAUAAUUCUGACGGUUAUUUUACUUUCAUGACGGUCUUCAUCCAUAACCGUCGGUUGUGCCAGCCCUAGGUGGGUUUGGGGUUAGGAUCAGAUGGCAGGGGGGUAGGAGUUAGGAGUAGGUCUGAUGGCAGGUGGGUCGGAGUUAGGAGUAGGUCUGAUGGCAGGUGGGUAGGAGUAGGUCUGAUGGCAGGUGGGUAGGAGUUAGGAGUAGGUCUGAUGGCAGGUGGGUAGGAGUUAGGAGUAGGUCUGAUGGCAGGUGGGUAGGAGUUAGGAGUAGGUCUGAUGGCAGGUGGGUAGGAGUUAGGAGUAGGUCUGAUGGCAGGUGGGUCGGAGUUAGGAGUAGGUCUGAUGGCAGGUGGGUAGGAGUUAGGAGUAGGUCUGAUGGCAGGUGGGUAGGAGUAGGUCUGAUGGCAGGUGGGUAGGAGUUAGGAGUAGGUCUGAUGGCAGGUGGGUAGGAGUUAGGAGUAGGUCUGAUGGCAGGUGGGUAGAAGUUAGGAGUAAGGGUAGUCUGAUGCAGGUGGGGUAGGAGUAGGUCUGAUGGCAGGUGGGUAGGAGUUAGGAUGUAGGUCUGAUGGCAGGUGGGUAGGAGUUAGGAGUAGGUCUUGAUGGCAGGUGGGUAGGAGUAGGUCUGAUGGGCAGUUGGGUCGGAGUUAGAGUAGCUGAUGGCAGGUGGGUAGGAGUUAGGAGUAGGUCUGAUGGCAGGUGGGUAGGAGUUAGGAGUAGGUCUGAUGGCAGGUGGGUAGGAGUUAGGAGUAGGUCUGAUGGCAGGUGGGUAGGAGUUAGGAGUAGGUCUGAUGGCAGGUGGGUAGAGUUAGGAGUAGGUCUGAUGGCAGGUGGGUAGGAGUUAGGAGUAGGUCUGAUGGCAGGUGGGUAGGAGUUAGGAGUAGGUCUGAUGGCAGGUGGGUUAGGAGUUAGGGGAGUAGGGUCUGAUGGCAGUGGGUAGGAGUUAGGAGUAGGUCCUGAUGGGCAGGUGGGUAGGAGUUAGGAGUAGGUCUGAUGGCAGGUGGGUAGGAGUAGGUCUGAUGGCAGGUGGGUAGGAGUUAGGAGUAGGUCUGAUGGCAGGUGGGGUAGGAGUUAGAGUAGGUCUGAUGGCAGGUGGGUAGGAGUUAGGAGUAGGUCUGAUGGCAGGUGGGUAGGAGUUAGGAGUAGGUCUGAUGGCAGGUGGGUAGGAGUUAGGAGUAGGUCUGAUGGCAGGUGGGUAGGAGUAGGUCUGAUGGCAGGUGGGUAGGAGUUAGGAGUAGGUCUGAUGGCAGGUGGGUAGGAGUUAGGAGUAGGUCUGAUGGCAGGUGGGUAACAGAGACAGGGUGGGUCGGGAGGAGGGUUAGGGUAUUUUUUAAAUUACAUUUACCAUGGCAUUAAUGCACUAAUUUACAUUUACAUUUACGUCAUUUAGCAGAGCGACUUACAAAUUGGUGCAUUCACCUUAUAGCCAGUGGGAUAACCACUUUACAGUGUUUUUUUAUUUUUUUAUUUUUUUGGGGGGUGGGGGAAGGGGGAAGGGGGGGUAGAAGGAUUACUUUAUCCUAUCCCAGGUAUUCCUUAAAGAGGUGGGGUUUCGAGUGUCUCCGGAAGGUGGUCAGUGACUCCGCUGUCCUGGCGUCGUGAGGGAGCUUGUUCCACCAUUGGGGUGCCAGAGCAGCGAAUAGCUUUGACUGGGCUGAGCGGGAACUGUGCUUCCGCAGAGGUAGGGGGGCCAGCAGGCCAGAGGUGGAUGAACGCAAUGCCCUCGUUUGGGUGUAGGGACUGAUCAGAGCCUGAAGGUAAGGAGGUGCCGUUCCCCUCACAGCUCCGUAGGCAAGCACCAUGGUCUUGUAGUAGAUGCAAGCUUCAACUGGAAGCCAGUGGAGUGUGCGGAGGAGCGGGGUGACGUGAGAGAACUUGGGAAGGUUGAAAACCAGGCUGGCUGCGGCAUUCUGGAUGAGUUGUAGGGGUUUAAUGGCGCAGGCAGGGAGCCCAGCCAACAGCGAGUUGCAGUAAUCCAGACGGGAGAUGACAAGUGCCUGGAUUAGGACCUGUGCCGCUUCCUGUGUAAGGCAGGGUCGUACUCUCCGAAUGUUGUAGAGCAUGAACUUACAGGAUCGGGUCACCGCCUUGAUGUUAGCGGAGAACGACAGGGUGUUGUCCAGGGUCACGCCAAGGCUCUUCACACUCUGGGAGGAGGACACAACGGAGUUGUCAACCGUGAUGGCGAGAUCAUGGAACGGGCAGUCCUUCCCCGGGAGGAAGAGCAGCUCCGUCUUGCCGAGGUUCAGCUUGAGGUGGUGAUCCGUCAUCCAUACUGAUAUGUCUGCCAGACAUGCAGAGAUGCGAUUCGCCACCUGGUUAUCAGAAGGGGGAAAGGAGAAGAUUAGUUGUGUGUCGUCUGCGUAGCAAUGAUAGGAGAGGCCAUGUGAGGAUAUGACAGAGCCAAGUGACUUGGUGUAUAGGGAGAAUAGGAGAGGGCCUAGAACUGAGCCCUGGGGGACACCAGUGGUGAGAGCACGUGGUGCGGAGACAGAUUCUCGAAUUACCUGCUAAGUGGCACCUGGCCAGGAAAAACUCAGGUGGAUGGGUAAGACUCCUGGCCCUGAAGAAGCAGGAGACCCAGAACUAAUGAGGAGGGCAGUCUGGUUGGCAUCCUGGGUUCUGCUCCCUAAGCAGGAGAUAAUGAUAGCCAUCAGUCUGGUUUAAUGAUGUUAAGGUACCAGUGAGAUAAUGAUAGCCAUCAGUCUGGUUUAAUGAUGUUAAGGUACCAGUGAGAUAAUGAUAGCCAUCAGUCUGGUUUAAUGAUGUUAAGGUACCAGUGAGAUAAUGAUAGCCAUCAGUCUGGUUUAAUGAUGUUAAGGUACCAGUGAGAUAAUGAUAGCCAUCAGUCUGGUUUAAUGAUGUUAAGGUACCAGUGAGAUAAUGAUAGCCAUCAAUCUGGUUUAAUGAUGUUAAGGUACCAGUGAGAUAAUGAUAGCCAUCAGUCUGGUUUAAUGAUGUUAAGGUACCAGUGAGAUAAUGAUAGCCAUCAGUCUGGUUUAAUGAUGUUAAGGUACCAGUGAGAUAAUGAUAGCCAUCAGUCUGGUUUAAUGAUGUUAAGGUACCAGUGAGAUAAUGAUAGCCAUCAGUCUGGUUUAAUGAUGUUAAGGUACCAGUGAGAUAAUGAUAGCCAUCAAUCUGGUUUAAUUGCUCCUAAUUAUUUCUCUCAUCAUUAUGAUGAUCUUUGCUAACAGACGUGUCACCCCGUAUGACCUUUCCCACUGAGAUAAUAUAAUUAAUCCUUAUUUAACUUAAUUACUGAUUUAAUUUGAUUAUAGCAAGAGUCAGAGACCAAUGUCUUGGUUUCAUUUGACAUUGAGAGUUGGACAGACAUUGAGAUACUCAAAGCUUUUUUAAAUGUAUUCUAUCUGCUACUGGCAGUUCUCUCACCCUGGAAUGUGGAAUAAAAUCCAUUAAAAUACCCCCCACUGUAUAGGCUGGCUCAUUUCCCUUCCUCCCACCUACCCAUAAAAGAUUGUUAAAAAUGUAUUUGAAAAUUGAAAUUGAAAAAGUUAACAAUGUGAAAAACUAAUUGAACUGUCCUCUGAAUAAGAUAGAUGAUUAUCUUAGUGAUUCUGUGUUCUGUCUGGACCAGGGGACCAUGUAUAUAGAACAUAUACUGUCUGGACCAGGGGACCAUGUAUAUAGAAACAUGUCCAGUUUAUUGGGUACCGGGUCGGACCCCCGUUUGCCCCCAGAACAGCCUGAAUCCUUCGGGGCAUGGAAAUGUUACUCAAUUGGUAUCAAGGGAUCUUUUUCCACCCCUCAAUUGUCCAGAUCCUGACUCAACAGGAAACAGGAUUCGUCGGACAAGUCAAUGUUUUUCCACUCCUCAGUUGUCCAGUGUUGGUGAUGGCUGUGCCCACUGGAGCCGCUUCUCCUUGUUUUUAGCUGAUAGGAGUGGAACCAGGUGUGGUCGUCUGCUGCAACAGCCCGUCCGUGACAAGGACCAACUAGUUGCUGUUCUCCAAACCACUGUUGUGCUGCUCCGUUACUUGUCUGUUUGUGACCCGCCUGUUAGUUUGCACAAUUCUUGCCAUUCCCCUUCGACCUCUCAUCAACAAGCUGUUUUUGCCCACAGGACUGCCGCUGACUGGAUGUUUUUUGUUUGUCGCUCCAUUCUCUGUAAAUCCUAGACACUAUCGUGUGUGAAAAGCCCAGGAGGGUAGCCGUUUCUGAGAUACUGGAUCCUACCACGCUCAAGGUCGUUUAGGUCACUAGUUUUGCCCAUUCUAACGUUCAAUUGAACAGUAACUGAAUGCCUGGAUGCCUGCUUUAUAUAGCAAGCCACGGCCACGUGACUCACUGUCUGUAGGAGCAAACCAUUUUUGUGAACAGGGUGGUGUACCUAAUGAACUAUAUAAUGAGUGAAGAUGGCGCUGACAGACAUGGCAGCUCUGCUUCUAGCUCCUAAGCAACUAUGCAGUACCUACAGUACCAGUCAAACGUUUGGACACACCUCGUCAUCCAAGGGUUUUUCUUUAUUUUUACUAUUUUUUACAUUGUAGAAUAAUAGUGAAGACAUCAAAACUAUGAAAUAACACAUAUGGAAUCAUGUAGUAACCCAAAAAAUGUUAAACAAAUCUAAAUAUAUUUUAUAUUUGAGAUUUUUCAAAGUAGCCACCCUUUGCCUUGAUGACAGCUUUGCACACUCUUGGCGUUCUUUCAACCAGCUUCAUGAGGUAGUCACCUGGAAUGUAUUUCAAUGAACAGGUGUCCCUUGUUAAAAGUUCAUUUGUGGAAUUUCUUUCCUUCUUAAUGCGUUUGAGCCAAUCAAGGUAAUGCAGUGCCUUGCAAAAGUAUUCAUCCUCCUUGGUGUUUUUCCUAUUUUGUUGCAUUACAACCUGUAAUUUAAAUGGAUUUUUAUUUGUAUUUCAUGAAAUGGACAUACACAAAAUAGUCCAAAUUGGUGAAGUGAAAUGAAAAAAAUAACUUGUUUCAAAAAAUUCUAAAUAAUAAAUAAUGGAAAAGUGGUGCAUGCAUAUGAAUUCACCCCCUUUGCUAUGAAGCCCCUAAAUAAGAUAUGGUGCAACCAAUUACCUUCAGAAGUCACAUAAUUAGUUGAAUAAAGUCCACUUGUGUGCAAUCUAAGUGUCACAUGAUCUGUCACAUGAUCGCAGUAUAUAUACACCUGUUCUGAAAGGCCCCAGUGUCUGCAACAACACUAAGCAAGGGGCACCACCAAGCAAGCGGCACCAUGAAGACCAAGGAGCUCUCCAAACAGGUCAGGGACAAAGUUGUGGAGAAGUACAGAUCAGGGUUGGGUUAUAAAAAAAUAUCAGAAACAUUGAACAUCCCACGGAGCAAGAGAGGGCCGCCCACCAAAACUCACAGACCAGGCAAGGAGGGCAUUAAUCAGAGAGGCAACAAAGAGACCAAAGAUAACCCUGAAGGAGCUGCAAAGCUCCACAGCGGAGAUUGGAGUAUCUGUCCAAAGGACGACUUUAAGCCGUACACUCCACAGGGCUGGGCUUUAUGGAAGAGUGGCCAGAAAAAAGCCAUUGCUUAAAGAAAAGAAUAAGCAAACACGUUUGGUGUUCGCCAAAAGGCAUGUGGGAGACUCCCCAAACAUAUGGAAGAAGGUACUCUGGUCAGAUGAGACUAAAAUUGAGCUUUUUGGCCAUCAAGGAAAACGCUAUGUCUGGCGCAAACCCAAAACCUCUCAUCACCCCGAGAACACAAUCCCCACAGUGAAGCAUGGUGGUGGCAGCAUCAUGCUGUGGGGAUGUUUUUCAUCGGCAGGGACUGGGAAACUGGUCAGAAUUGAAGGAAUGAUGGAUGGCGCUAAAGACUGGGAAAUUCUUAAGGGAAACGGUAGGCAUGUUGUGUAAAUCAAAUUAUACAAACCCCCAAUAAACCAUUUUAAUUCCAGGUUGUAAGGCAACAAAAUAGGAAAAAUGCCAAGGGGGGUGAAUACUUUCGCAAGCCACUGUAGGGGUGGUAUACAGAAGAUAGCCCUAUUUGGUAAAAGACCAAGUCCAUAUAAUGGCAAGUACAGCUCAAAUAAGCAAAGAGAAACGACAGUCCAUCAUUACUUUAAGACAUGAAGGUCAGUCAAUCAAGAACUUUGAACGUUUUUUCAAGUGCAGUCGCAAAAAUCAUCAAGCGCUAUGAUGAAACUGGCUCUCAUGAGGACCGCCACAGGAAUGGAAGACCCAGAGUUACCUCUGCUGCAGAGGAUAAGUUCAUUAGAGUUAUCAGCCUCAGAAAUUGCAGCCCAAAUAAAUGCUUCACAGAGUUCAAGUAACAGACACAUCAAUCAAUCAAUCAAUUUUAUUUUAUAUAGCCCUUCUUACAUCAGCUAAUAUCUCGAAGUGCUGUACAGAAACCCAGCCUAAAACCCCAAACAGCUAGUAAUGCAGGUGUAGAAGCACGGUGGCUAGGAAAAACUCCCUAGAAAGGCGAAAACCUAGGAAGAAACCUAGAGAGGAACCAGGCUAUGAGGGGUGGCCAGUCCUCUUCUGGCUGUGCCGGGUGAAGAUUAUAACAGAACCAUGCCAAGAUGUUCAAAAAUGUUCAUAAGUGACAAGCAUGGUCAAAUAAUAAUCAGGAAUAAAUCUCAGUUGGCUUUUCAUAGCCGAUCAUUAAGAGUUGAAAACAGCAGGUCUGGGACAGGUAGGGGUUCCAUAACCGCAGGCAGAACAGUUGAAACUGGAAUAGCAGCAAGGCCAGGCGGACUGGGGACAGCAAGGAGUCACCACGGCCGGUAGUCCCGACGUAUGGUCCUAGGGCUCAGGUCUCUCAGUUGGCUUUUCAUAGCCGAUCAUUAAGAGUUGAAAACAGCAGGUCUGGGACAGGUAGGGGUUUCGUAACCGCAGGCAGAACAGUUGAAACUGGAAUAGCAGCAAGGCCAGGCGGACUGGGGACAGCAAGGUGUCAUCAUGCCCGGUAGUCCUGACGUAUGGUCCUAGGGCUCAGGUUCUCAGAGAGAAAGAGAGAACGAGAGAAUUAGAGAGAGCAUACUUAAAUUCACACAGGACACUGGAUAAGACAGGAGAAGUACUCCAGGUAUAACCAACUAACCCCAGCCCCCCGACACAUAAACUACUGCAGCAUAAAUACUGGAGGCUGAGACAGGAGCGGUCCGGAGACACUGUGGCCCCAUCCGAAGAAACCCCCGGACAGGGCCAAACAGGAAGGAUAUAACCCCACCCACUCUGCCAAAGCACAGCCCCCGCACCACUAGAGGGAUAUCCUCAACCACCAACUUACAAUCCUGAGACAAGGCCGAGUAUAGCCCACAGAGGUCUCCACCACAGCACAAACCAAGGGGGGGCGCCAACCCAGACAGGAAGAUCACGUCAGUAACUCAACCCACUCAAGUGACGCACCCCUCCCAGGGACGGCAUGAAAGAGCACCAGCAAGCCAGUGACUCAGCCCCUGCAACAGGGUUAGAGGCAGAGAACCCCAGUGGAGAGGGGAACCGGCCCGGCAGAGACAGAGACAUCUCAACAUCAACUGUUCAGAGGACACUGCGUGAAUCAGGCCUUCAUGGUCGAAUUGCUGCAAAGAAACCACUACUAAAGGACACCAAUAAGACUUGCUUGGGCCAAGAAACACGAGCAAUGGACAUUAGACCGGUGGAAAUCUGUCCUUUGGACUGAUGAGUCCAAAUUACAGAUUUUUUGUUCCAACCGCUGUGUCUUUGUGAGACGCAGAGUAGGUGAACGGAUGAUCUCCGCAUGUGUAGUUCCCUCCGUGAAGCAUGGAGGAGGAGGUGUGAUGGUGUGGGGGUUGCUUUGCUGAUGACACUGUCAGUGAUUUAUUUAGAAUUUAAGGCACACUUAACCAGCAUGGCUACCACAGCAUUCUGCAGCGAUACGCCAUCCCAUCUGGUUUGCGCUUAGUGGGACUAUCAUUUGUUUUUCUUCAGGACAAUGACCCAAAACACAACUCCAGGCUGUGUAAGGGCUAUUUGACCAGGAAGGAGAGUGAUGGAGUGCUGCAUGAGAUGAUAUGGCCUCCACAAUCACUCGACCUCAACCCAAUUGAGAUGGUUUGGGAUGAGUCGGAUCGCAGAGUGAAGGAAAAGCAGCCAACAAGUGCUCAGCAUAUGUGGGAACUCUCAGCCUUCAACACCAUACUACCCUCCAAGCUCAUCAUUAAGCUCGGGGCCUUGGGUCUGAAUCCCGCCCUGUGCAACUGGGUCCUGGACUUCCUGAUGGGCCGCCCCCAGGUGGUGAAGGUAGGAAACAACACCUCCACUUCGCUGAUCCUCAACACUGGGGCCCCACAAGGGUGCGUGCUCAGCCCCCUCCUGUACUCCCUGUUCACCCAUGACUGCGUGGCCAAGCACGCCUCCAACUCAAUCAUCAAGUUUGCAGAUGACACAACAGUAGUAGGCCUGAUUAGCCGAUGUGCCCUUGAGCACUUAACCCUAAUUGCUCCUGUAAGUCGCUCUGGAUAAGAGCGUCUGCUAAAUGACUAAAAUGUAAAUGUAAAUAUAUGUGUAUGCGACCAAUAAAAUGUGAUUUGAUUUGAUUGUUAUAUUGUCUAUACAGGAGACAGUCAUCUGGGCGGUGGGUUCGAGGCCAACAGCAGCACGGAGUCCUUUGAGCUGGUCACAGAGGACAACAAUGAAGGAAAGCCAGCAGCAGAAGGUACAGUGCAGAGGGGCUACUCAGAAGGUACAGUGCAGAGGGGCUACUCAGAAGGUACAGUGCAGAGGGGCUAUUCAGAAGGUACAGUGCAGAGGGGCUACUCAGAAGGUACAGUGGCAUUGGGGCUACUCAGACGGUACAGUGCGGUGAGGCUACUCAGAAGGUUACAGUGCAGAGGGGCUACUCAAAAUGUACAGUGCUGAGGGCUACUCAGAAGGUACAGUGCUGUGAGGCUACUACUCAUAAGGUACACGUGCAGAGGAGCUAUUCAGAAGGUACAGUGCCGAGGGCUACUCAGAAGGACAAGUACAUAUGGGCUUAUACUCAGAAGGUCAGUCAGAAGGGGCUACUCCGAAGGUAUCACGUGCAGAGGGGCUACUCAGAAGGUACAGUUCAGGAGGGGCUAUUCAGAGGACUUGCAUAGGGGCUACUCAUAAGUACAGUUUCAGAGGGGCUACUUCCGAAGUACAGUGCAAUGGGCUACUCAGAAGGUACAGUUCAUAGGGGGCUACGCAGAAGGUACAGUGCAGUGCAGAUGGGCUUACUUCAGAAGGUACAGUACAGAAGGGGCUACUCAGAAGGUACAUGCAGAGGGGCUACUCAGAGGUACAUUAACAGAGGGGCUACUCAGAAGGUACAGUUCAGAGGGGCUACUCAGAAGGUCAGUGCGAUGGGCUUACUCAGAAGGUACAUUGCGGAUGGGGCUACUCAUAAUGUAGCAUUGCGUGAGGCUACUCAGAAGUACGUGCAGAGGGGCUCUCAAAGGUUAACAGUACAUUGGCGAGGGCUACUCAAAGGUACGUACAGUGCCGAUGGGCUACUCAGAAGUAACAGUCAGAGGGCACUCAGAAGGUACAGUACAUAGGUGCUACUCAGAAGGUACAUGGCAGAGGGGCUACUCAGAAGGUACAGUGCAGAGGGGCCCUCAGAAGGUACAGUACAUGUGCAGAGGGGCUACUCAAAGGUACAGUGCAGAGGGGCUAUUCAGCAAGGUACGUGCUAGAUGGGCUCUCAUAAGUACAGUGCAAGGGGCUACUCAGAGGUCAGUACGAGGGGCUACUCAGAAGUACCGUACAGUACAGAGGGGCUACUCGAAGAGGGGCUAUCAGAAGGUACAGUACAGAGGGGCUACUCAGAAGGUUACAGUGCAGAGGGGCUACUCAGAAGGUACAGUGCGUGGGGCUACUCAGAAGGUACAGUGCAGAGGGCUACUCAGAAGGUACAGUACAGAGGGGCUACUCAGAAGGUACAGUGCAGAGGGGCUACUCAGAAGGUACAGUGCAGUGCAGAAUGUUAUGUACCCACUGCAGUGUCCCUGUUUGAUGAUGUAAUGUACCCACUGCAGUGUCCCUGUUUGAUGAUGUAAUGUACCCACUGCAGUGUCCCUGUUUGAUGAUGUAAUGUUAUGUUACCCACUGCAGUGUCCCUGUUUUGAUGAUGUAAUGUAAUGUACCACUGCAGUGUCCCUGUUUGAUGAUGUAAUGUUAUGUACCCACUGCAGUGCCCCUGUUUGAUGAUGUAAUGUAUGUUACCCACGGCAGUGUCCCUGUUUGAUGAUGUAAUGUAAUGUACCCCUGCAGUGUCCCUGUUUGAUGAUGUACAUGUUAUGUAACCCACUGCAGUGUCCCUGUUUGAUGAUGUAAUGUUAUGUUACCCACUGCAGUGCCGUUGACAGAAGAUGAGUGGGUCCCUCUAGAGCUGUGCUUUGGGAUGCCCCUCUUCAGCUCCGAGCUCAACCGCAAAAUAUGCCGAAAGAUCGCCUCGCACGGCCUCUUUAGCAAAGACAGGUACUGGUAGAACAACAUAAAGAGUCUGCUUUUUAUGUCCUGGGUGGGAAAGUGAAAAAGACUAGAGUAUGUUUUUAUGUGAAAAACUGUCAAUUUAAAGGAAGGAUGGUUGUGUAAUUCUUUGUUGUUCCAGCCUUCAAGACUUACUUCAUUCCAGCCGAAAACUAUCAUUGAAGGUUCUAAGUUUUGUUCAGUCAUUCCAGGUAAGAGCUUCUUUCCAUUGUCUUCCACCUCGCUGCCCACUUGAAGAGCGCUCAAAUCAAACCAGCCAGUCUCAUAAUGCCAAUCUGAACACUGAAAGUGGUUUUUUUUUAUAUACUAAGAGGACCGUUAUUAGCAUGUUUUAACCACUCCUAUGUAAAUGGUAGAUUAUCUGACACUCAAGAAGAAGGUCUGAUCUCAUUAUUACUGAAACAGGAUACAAGUGGAAAAUAUAAAGAUCCAGUCCAUUUAAAAAAUUGGAGGCCCCUUACACUUCAGUGUUGUGAUGUAAAAAUUCUAGCAAAAUGUAUAACGCAUAGAAUUAAAAAGGUAUGUCGUAUAUUAUUCAUUCUAAUCAGACAGGUUUUUUACAUGGACGAUACAUUGGAGAUAAUAUAAGGCAAGUACUGGAAACAAUAGAACACUAUGGAAAAUAUGGGAAACCAGGCCUGCUAUUCAUAGCAGACUUCGAAAAGGCAUUUGAUAAAGUACGACUGGGGUUUAUAUAUAAAUGCCUGGAGCAUUUCAAUUUUGGAGAAUCUCUUAUAAAAUGGGUCACAAUCAUGUAUAGUAAUCCUAGGUGUAAAAUAGUAAAUAAUGGCUAUUUCUCAGAAAGUUUUAAACUGUCAAGAGGAGUGAAACAAGGUUGUCCAUUAUCGGCAUAUCUAUUUAUUAUGGCCAUCGAGAUGUUAGCUAUUAAAAUCAGAUCCAACAAUAAUAUCAGGGGAUUAGAAAUCCAGGGCUUAAAAACAAAGGUGUCAUUGUACGCUGAUGAUUCAUGUUUUCUUUUAAAUCCACAACUUGAAUCCCUCCACAGCCUCAUAGAGGAUCUAGAUACAUUUUCUAACCUCUCUGGAUUACAACCAAAUUAUGACAAAUGUACUAUAUUACAUAUUGGAUCACUAAAAAAUAAAAGUUUUACAUUACCAUGUAGUUUACCAAUAAAAUGGUCUGAUGGUGAUGUGGAUAUACUCGGAAUACAUAUCCCAAAGGGAAAUAAAUGAUCUCACUUCAAUACAUUUUAAUAGAAGUUAGCAAAAAUAGAUCUUACUACCAUGGAAAGGUAAAUACCUGUCAAUUUGUGGAAAAAUCACCCUGACUAACUCUUUAGUAUUAUCCCAGUUUACCUAUUUGCUUAUGGUCUUGCCUACGCCUAGCGAACAGUUUUUUAAAUUAUAUGAGAAAAAAAUAUUCAAUUUUAUUUGGAACGGCAAGCCAGACAAAAUUAAAAGGGCCUAUUUAUGUAAUGAAUAUGAAUUCGGAGGACAGAAAUUAUUAAAUAUUAAAGCAUUAGACCUAUCACUAAAAGCUUCGUCAUACAAAAGUGGAAGAGGAAAGUGGAAGGGGAGAAAGUAAGGAACUUGUCUGUCGGCCCUGCAUUAAAGAACAUAAUUGGUUAAGGAAAACUGUGAUAAAUAAAAAAGUAAAUCAGUUUCACUUAAGGACCAAAGGAUUGACAGCCGUCCCAUAUAGAUUGCAAAAUAGUUGGAAGAGAUUUUUGACGUACCGAUCCCAUGGCAUAGUGUUUAUGAACUGACACGCAAAACGACACCAGAUUCAAAAAUUAGAAUCUUUCAACUUAAAUUAUUAUAUACAAUUCUUGCUACCAAUAGAAUGUUAUUUAUAUGGGGGGAUACAAUCUUCCCAGCUCUGGCAGAUUUUGCUGUGAAGAGACAGAAUCAUUAGAUCAUUUGUUUUGGGUUCUGUCCAUUUGUAGCUUGUUUUUGGACACAGGUCCAGGAAUGGCUGAAGGAUUGCAAUAUUUACCUGGAGCUAACCCUGCAGAUAGCACUACUGGGUGAUCUGAAAAGUCAUAGUCAAUCGAUCAAUAAUAUAAUAAUACUUUUAGCAAAAAUGUUUAUUUUUAAUUCACAAUCUGUAGAAGCAAUGGAGAAUAGAAAGGUUCAGAACUUUUGUAAAACAUCAAGUACGGUUGAAAUAUACAGUGGGGAAAAAAAGUAUUUAGUCAGCCACCAAUUGUGCAAGUUCUUCCACUUAAAAAGAUAAGAGAGGCCUUGUAAUUUUCAUCAUAGGUACACGUCAACUAUGACAGACAAAAUGAGAAGAAAAAAAUCCAGAAAAUCACAUUGUAGGAUUUGUAAUGAAUUUAUUUUGCAAAUUAUGGUGGAAAAUAAGUAUUUGGUCAAUAACAAAAGUUUCUCAAUACUUGUUAUAUACGCUUUGUUGGCAAUGACACAGGUCAAACGUUUUCUGUAAGUCUUCACAAGGUUUUCACCACACUGUGCUGGUAUUUUGGCCCAUUCCUCCAUGCAGAUCUCCUCUAGAGCAGUGGACGUUUGGGGCUGUCGCUGGCAACACGGACUUUCAACUCCUCCAAAGAUUUUCUAUGGGGGUUGAGAUCUGGGAGACUGGCUAGGCCACUCCGGACCUUGAAUGCUUCUUACGAAGCCACUCCUUCUUGCCCGGGGCGGUGUGUUUGUAUCAUUGUCAUGGCUGAAAGACCCAUCCACGUUUCAUCUUCACAUGCCCUUGCUGAUGGAAGGAGGUUUUCACUCAAAAUCUCACGAUUACAUGGCCCCAUUCAUUCUUUCCUUUACACGGAUCCAGUUCGGCCCUGGUCCCUUUCGCAAGAAAAAACAAGCCCCAAAGCAUGAUUUUCCACCACCUCCAUGCUUCACAGUAGGUAUGGUGUCUUUGGCUGCAACUCAUCAUUCUUUGUCCCUCCAAACACGACGAGUUAGUUUUUAAAAUACACCAAAAAUUAUAAUUUGGUCCAUCUGCCCCAUAUGGACAUUCUCACCAAUCCUCUAUCUGUAUCAUCGCACAUGCACUUUAGCAAACUUCAGACGGGCCCUGGACAUGUACUGCAUAAGCAGGGGAACACUCUCGCACUGCAGGCUUUGAGUCCCUGGCUGUGUAUGUUUUACUGAUGUAGCUUUGUUACUUUGGUCCCCGCUCUCCUGCAGGUCAUUCACUUAGGUCCCCCCGUGUGGUUUCUGGGAUUUUUGUGCUCCCGUUCUUGUGAUCAUUUUGACUCCCGACGGGUGGAUCUUGCGUGGAGCCCCAGAUGCGGAGAUUAUCAGUGGUCUUGUAAUGUCUUUGCGCAUUUUCUAUAAUUUGGCUCCCAUCAUUUGAUUUCUUCAAACCAAGCGCUUACUAUUGCAGAUUCAGUCUUCCCAGCCUGGUGCCGUUCUACAAUGUUGUUUCUGGUGUCCCUUUGACGCUCUUUGGUCUUGGCCCUAUAGGUGAUUUUGGAGUGUGACGUUUGAGUUGUGCAGGUGUCCUUUUAUCUUGAAACAAAUUCAAACGGUGCCAUAAUCAGGUAACGGAGUGGAGGACAGAGAUCCUCUUAAAGAAGAAGUUACAGGUCUGUGGAGCCAGAAAUCUUGCUUCUUUUAGGUGACCAAAUACGUAUUUUCCACCAUAAUUAAUUUGUCCAAAAAUUCCAAAGAAUCCUACCAUGUUAUUUUUCGGAUUUUUCUCUCAAUUUUUUGUCUGUCAUAGUUUUACGUGUACCUAUGAUGAAAUUACAGGCUCUCUCAUCUUUUAAGUGGGAGAACUUGCACAAUUGGUGGCUGACUACAUACUUUUUUCCCCCACUGUAUAUGGCAAAUAGAAAUCCAAUAUGGGAUGGUGUUAAGAGAUAGAUGGAGGUAUUGUAAUGGAAUUGAGGGAUGGGACUAAUAACCAACUAACAACAACUAAUAACACACAUAACUAAUAAUCUAAAGCAUACUGUGUCCCAUAAUAAGUAUAUAGGUUGUAGGUUUUAGAGCUUUUGUGAAAGAGCACGUUAGACAGUAUGGCAUAUAGAGCAAACUGGAUGGACAAAAUGAAAUGAUCGGAGAGGUUGAGAGUAGAAGAAGUUCAGGAGCAAAAACAAUAAAAUUAUUAUUUGGUAAAAUUAACUCUGUCCAUAAGGGUAGAUAGAGUAUAGACCGGAAGUAGAGGCCUGGCAUUGGUGUUCACUAAUUUACUCCAAGUAGGGAAGGGAGGGUGGGGUUGAAAAGUAAUAAUUGGAGUAUAAUAUAUAAAAAAACAUGGGGGAUUGGAAGUAUGCGCCAAUUACAUUGAUAGGAAGAUACAAUUAUCUGCAAUAUUAAGCUGAUUAUCCCCCCCCCCCCCCCCCCCCCCCCCACAAAAAAAAAAAAGGUCCUGUCUCAUAAUGGCCAAGCUGACCACUGAAAGUGGUCCUGUCCUCAUAAACCUGUUCCACGCUGGCCAGCCCUCCAGUGCCAGCCCCCGCGUCCCUAUACUCCACAACCAUGAGAGGAAUCAGACACACACACACAACAAUGGUCAUCUGAGGACAAUGACCCCUAAGAAUAACCAAUAUACCAGACAACAGCAACAUCAACGUAUUGACAUCCUUAUCACGUCCCAUCAAAAAAAGUAUUCGUCCAUAUCCAUAUACAAAUAUCCAUAAACAGCGUCUCAUUAUAGGCACACUUUCCAUGUUGCAGUUUGUGGAAUAACAACAAGUAAAGAGAGAACAAGAGUUGUUAAUGUUCUUACUCACCGUUGCCAAAACAGAAAAAAUAGUCCCAUGUCAUCUUGUUAUAUUCCAAGUAUAAUUUUGAGAACCUGAAAUAACUGAUGAUGGGUAGCCGAUUUAUACAAGCACAAACCCCUUUUGAGAAUCUCAGCCUAAUUCAAUCUCCCUUGACCUAAAGGACCCAUAGGGCCACAAUGAUAAUGAAGCCAGUCAUGCCACACGGCCAUUACAUUGAUUGUCUAGUCUAACUGUAGAUCUGUAUAAAAUAUAUUUUGCCCCAGGGUUACUGUUCCAUUCCAACGGCUCAGGCUGGUUACACAAUUGGACAAUGGGUGAAGAGAGAAAAUACACAAAAACAAAUAAGAUCGAAAUUCCCUCCGCAUGGGAAAUACUUGCUUUAAUUGGACUUCCUUUAAUUUGUUGGCGUUGAGCUGAGCCAUGACCCAUCCUUUCAAAGCAUUUCAUGGCUACAGACGUGUCUUCCAUAGACAUUCUUCCAAGAGUCUUGAUGAGCAUCCAGGUGCUUUUGGCACUUGUAGUCACCUUUUUUUGGACGACAUGGGUUCCCAUUUAUGCCUGGCAAAACCAAACACUGCAUUCCACGUAAGAACCCUCAUACCAACGUCAAGCAAUGGUGGUUGUGGUGUGUGGAUGGUUUUGGGAUGCUUUCUCCCAGGACCUUGCGACUUGCCCUUAAUAGAAGGAACCAUGAAUUCUGCUCUGUAUCAGAGAAUCUAAAGGAGAAUGUCUACCAUCCGUCUGUGAGCUGAAGCUGAAUCGCAGCUGGUCAUGCAGCAAGACCAAUGAUCCAACCACAAACAGUCAGUCUACAUGAAAAUGGCUACAAAGCAACAAAUUGGAAGUUUUGGAAUGGCCAGUCCAAGUCCAACCCUAAUCCCAAUUGAGAUGUUGUAGGCAAUGACCUUGAAACGACAGUUCAUGCUUGAAAACUCCAGCACGUCACUGAGUUAGCAGUUUUCUGCAUGGAGAGUGGGCCAAAUUCCUCCACCAGCUGAUGUGAGGACUGACAACACUACGGAAACAUUUGGUUGGAGUCAUUCCAGCUAAAGGUGGCAAUAAAACAAUCAGUUAUUGAGUGAUGUGCAUUUACUUUUUUAGCCCAGGGGAAUUGGUUAAUUAGGUGAAUUCCUUUGUUAAUUCAAUAAAUAAAAUAAGUUGAUCCCUUUAGUUUUUUUUCAAAAUUGAGCCCAAUAAAUGCUUCACGAGUUCAAGUAACAGACACAUCUCAACAUCAAACUGUUCAGAGGGACACUGCGUGAAUCAGGCCUUCAUGGUCGAAUUGCUGCAAAGAAACCACUACUAAAGGACACCAAUAAGACUUGCUUGGGCCAAGAAACACGAGCAAUGGACAUUAGACCGGUGGAAAUCUGUCCUUUGGUCUGAUGAGUCCAAAUUAGAGAUUUUUUGUUCCAACCGCUGUGUCUUUGUGAGACGCAGAGUAGGUGAACGGAUGAUCUCCGCAUGUGUAGUUCCCUCCGUGAAGCAUGGAGGAGGAGGUUGUGAUGGUGUGGGGGUUGCUUUGCUGAUGACACUGUCAGUGAUUUAUUUAGUAUUUAAGGCACACUUAACCAGCAUGGCUACCACAGCAUUCUGCAGCGAUACACCGUCCCAUCUGGUUUGCGCUUAGUGGGACUAUCAUUUGUUUUUCUUCAGGACAAUGACCCAAAACACAACUCCAGGCUGUGUAAGGGCUAUUUGACCAGGAAGGAGAGUGAUGGAGUGCUGCAUCAGAUGAUAUGGCCUCCACAAUCACUCGACCUCAACCCAAUUGAGAUGGUUUGGGACGAGUCGGAUCGCAGAGUGAAGGAAAAGCAGCCAACAAGUGCUCAGCAUAUGUGGGAACUCUCAGCCUUCAACACCAUACUACCCUCCAAGCUCAUCAUUAAGCUCGGGGCCCUGGGUCUGAAUCCCGCCCUGUGCAACUGGGUCCUGGACUUCCUGAUGGGCCGCCCCAGGUGGUGAAGGUAGGGAAACAACACCUCCACUUCGCUGAUCCUCAACACUGGGGCCCCACAAGGGUGCGUGCUCAGCCCCCUCCUGUACUCCCUGUUCACCCAUGACUGCGUGGCCAAGCACGCCUCCAACUCAAUCAUCAAGUUUGCAGAUGACACAACAGUAGUAGGCCUGAUUAGCCGAUGUGCCCUUGAGCACUUAGCCCUAAUUGCUCCUGUAAGUCGCUCUGGAUAAGAGCGUCUGCUAAAUGACUAAAAUGUAAAUGUAAAUAUAUGUGUAUGCGACCAAUAAAAUGUGAUUUGAUUUGAUUGUUAUAUUGUCCAUACAGGAGACAGUCAUCUGGGCGGUGGGUUCGAGGCCAACAGCAGCACGGAGUCCUUUGAGCUGGUCACAGAGGACAACCAAUGAAGGAAAGCCCAGCAGCAGAAGGUUACAGUUGCAGAGGGGCUACUCAGAAGGUACAGUGCAGAGGGGCUACUCAGAAGGUACAGUGCAGAGGGGCUACUCAGAAGGUACAGUACAGUGCAGAGGGGCUACUCAGAAGGUACAGUGCAGAGGGGCUACUCAGAAGGUACAGUGCAGAGGGGCUACUCAGAAGGUACAGUACAGAGGGGCUACUCAGAAGGUACAGUGCAGAGGGGCUACUCAGAAGGUACAGUACAGAGGGGCUACUCAGAAGGUACAGUGCAGAGGGGCUACUCAGAAGGUACAGUGCAGAGGGGCUACUCAGAAGGUACAGUGCAGAGGGGCUACUCAGAAGGUACAGUACAGAGGGGCUAUCGAAGGUACGUGCAGAGGGCUACCAGAAGGUACAGUACAGAGGGGCUACUCAGAAGGUACAGUGCAGAGGGGCUACUCAGAAGGUACAGUGCAGAGGGGCUACUCAGAAGGUACAGUGCAGAGGGGCUACUCAGAAGGUACAGUGCAGAGGGGCUACUCAGAAGGUACAGUGCAGAGGGGCUACUCAGAAGGUACAGUGCAGAGGGGCUACUCAGAAGUACAGUGCAGAGGGGCUACUCAGAAGGUACAGUACAGAGGGGGCUACUCAGAAGGUUACAGUGCAGAGGGGCUACUCAGAAGGUACAGUACAGAGGGGCUACUCAGAAGGUACAGUGCAGAGGGGCUACUCAGAAGGUACAGUGCAGAGGGGCUACUCAGAAGGUACAGUGCAGAGGGGCUACUCAGAAGGUACAGUGCAGUGCAGAAUGUUAUGUACCCACUGCAGUUCCUGUUGAUGAUGUUAAUGUACCCACUGCAGUGUCCCUGUUUGAUGAUGUUAUGUUAUGUUACCCACUGCAGUGUCCCUGUUUGAUGAUGUAAUGUAAUGUACCCACUGCAGUGUCCCUGUUUGAUGAUGUAAUGUUAUGUACCCACUGCAGUGCCCCUGUUUGAUGAUGUAAUGUUAUGUUACCCACGGCAGUGUCCCUGUUUGAUGAUGUAAUGUAAUGUACCCACUGCAGUGUCCCUGUUUGAUGAUGUAAUGUUAUGUACCCACUGCAGUGUCCCUGUUUGAUGAUGUAAUGUUAUGUUACCCACUGCAGUGCCGUUGACAGAAGAUGAGUGGGUCCCUCUAGAGCUGUGCUUUGGGAUGCCCCUCUUCAGCUCCGAGCUCAACCGCAAAAUAUGCCGAAAGAUCGCCUCGCACGGCCUCUUUAGCAAAGACAGGUACUGGUAGAACAACAUAAAGAGUCUGCUUUUUAUGUCCUGGGUGGGAAAGUGAAAAAGACUAGAGUAUGUUUUUAUGUGAAAAACUGUCAAUUUAAAGGAAGGAUGGUUGUGUAAUUCUUUGUUGUUCCAGCCUUCAAGACUUACUUCAUUCCAGCCGAAAACUAUCAUUGAAGGUUCUAAGUUUUGUUCAGUCAUUCCAGGUAAGAGCUUCUUUCCAUUGUCUUCCACCUCGCUGCCACUUGAAGAGCGCUCAAAUCAAACCAGCCAGUCUCAUAAUGCCAAUCUGAACACUGAAAGUGUUUUUUUUUAUAUACUAAGAGGACCGUUAUUAGCAUGUUUUAACCACUCCUAUGUAAAUGGUAGAUUAUCUGACACUCAAGAAGAAGGUCUGAUCUCAUUAUUACUGAAACAGGAUACAAGUGGAAAAUAUAAAGAUCCAGUCCAUUUAAAAAAUUGGAGGCCCCUUACACUUCAGUGUUGUGAUGUAAAAAUUCUAGCAAAAUGUAUAACGCAUAGAAUUAAAAAGGUAUUGUCGUAUAUUAUUCAUUCUAAUCAGACAGGUUUUUUACAUGGACGAUACAUUGGAGAUAAUAUAAGGCAAGUAUUGGAAACAAUAGAACACUAUGGAAAAUAUGGGAAACCAGGCCUGCUAUUCAUAGCAGACUUCGAAAAGGCAUUUGAUAAAGUACGACUGGGGUUUAUAUAUAAAUGCCUGGAGCAUUUCAAUUUUGGAGAAUCUCUUAUAAAAUGGGUCACAAUCAUGUAUAGUAAUCCUAGGUGUAAAAUAGUAAAUAAUGGCUAUUUCUCAGAAAGUUUUAAACUGUCAAGAGGAGUGAAACAAGGUUGUCCAUUAUCGGCAUAUCUAUUUAUUAUGGCCAUCGAGAUGUUAGCUAUUAAAAUCAGAUCCAACAAUAAUAUCAGGGGAUUAGAAAUCCAGGGCUUAAAAACAAAGGUGUCAUUGUACGCUGAUGAUUCAUGUUUUCUUUUCAAUCCACAACUUGAAUCCCUCCACAGCCUCAUAGAGGAUCUAGAUACAUUUUCUAACCUCUCUGGAUUACAACCAAAUUAUGACAAAUGUACUAUAUUACAUAUUGGAUCACUAAAAAAUAAAAGUUUUACAUUACCAUGUAGUUUACCAAUAAAAUGGUCUGAUGGUGAUGUGGAUAUACUCGGAAUACAUAUCCCAAAGGAAAUAAAUGAUCUCACUUCAAUACAUUUUAAUAAAAAGUUAGCAAAUAUAGAUCUUACUACCAUGGAAAGGUAAAUACCUGUCAAUUUGUGGAAAAAUCACCCUGACUAACUCUUCAGUAUUAUCCCAGUUUACCUAUUUGCUUAUGGUCUUGCCUACGCCUAGCGAACAGUUUUUUAAAUUAUAUGAGAAAAAAAUAUUCAAUUUUAUUUGGAACGGCAAGCCAGACAAAAUUAAAAGGGCCUAUUUAUGUAAUGAAUAUGAAUUCGGAGGACAGAAAUUAUUAAAUAUUAAAGCAUUAGACCUAUCACUAAAAGCUUCAGUCAUACAAAAGUGGAAGAGGAAAGUGGAAGGGGGAGAAAGUAAGGAACUUGUCUGUCGGCCCUGCAUUAAAGAACAUAAUUGGUUAAGGAAAACUGUGAUAAAUAAAAAAGUAAAUCAGUUUCACUUAAGGACCAAAGGAUUGACAGCCGUCCCAUAUAGAUUGCAAAAUAGUUGGAAGAGAUUUUUGACGUACCGAUCCCAUGGCAUAGUGUUUAUGAACUGACACGCAAAACGACACCAGAUUCAAAAAUUAGAAUCUUUCAACUUAAAUUAUUAUAUACAAUUCUUGCUACCAAUAGAAUGUUAUUUAUAUGGGGGAUACAAUCUUCCCAGCUCUGCAGAUUUUGCUGUGAAGAGACAGAAUCAUUAGAUCAUUUGUUUUGGUUCUGUCCAUUUGUAGCUUGUUUUUGGACACAGGUCCAGGAAUGGCUAAAGGAUUGCAAUAUUUACCUGGAGCUAACCCUGCAGAUAGCACUACUGGGUGAUCUGAAAAGUCAUAGUCAAUCGAUCAAUAAUAUAAUAAUACUUUUAGCAAAAAUGUUUAUUUUUAAUUCACAAUCUGUAGAAGCAAUGAGAAUAGAAAGGUUCAGAACUUUUGUAAAACAUCACAGUACGGUUGAAAUAUACAGUGGGGAAAAAAGUAUUUAGUCAGCCACCAAUUGUGCAAGUUCUUCCACUUAAAAAGAUGAGAGAGGCCUGUAAUUUUCAUCAUAGGUACACGUCAACUAUGACAGACAAAAUGAGAAGAAAAAAAUCCAGAAAAUCACAUUGUAGGAUUUGUAAUGAAUUUAUUUGCAAAUUAUGGUGGAAAAUAAGUAUUUGGUCAAUAACAAAAGUUUCUCAAUACUUUGUUAUAUACCCUUUGUUGGCAAUGACACAGGUCAAACGUUUUCUGUAAGUCUUCACAAGGUUUUCACACACUGUUGCUGGUAUUUUGGCCCAUUCCUCCAUGCAGAUCUCCUCUAGAGCAGUGAUGAUUUUCUAUGGGGUUGAGAUCUGGAGACUGGCUAGGCCACUCCAGGACCUUGAAAUGCUUCUCACGAAGCCACUCCUUCGUUGCCCGGGCGGUGUGUUUGGGAUCAUUGUCAUGCUGAAAGACCCAGCCACGUUUCAUCUUCAAUGCCCUUGCUGAUGGAAGGUGGUGGAGGUUUUCACUCAAAAUCUCACGAUACAUGGCCCCAUUCAUUCUUUCCUUUACACGGAUCAGUCGUCCUGGUCCCUUUGCAGAAAAACAGCCCCAAAGCAUGAUGUUUCCACCCCCAUGCUUCACAGUAGGUAUGGUGUCUUUGGAUGCAACUCAGCAUUCUUUGUCCUCCAAACACGACGAGUUGAGUUUUUACCAAAAAGUUCUAUUUUGGUUCCAUCUGACCAUAUGACAUUCUCCCAAUCCUCUUCUGGAUCAUCCAAAUGCACUUUAGCAAACUUCAGACGGGCCUGGACAUGUACUGGCAUAAGCAGGGGGACACGUCUCGCACUGCAGGAUUUGAGUCCCUGGCGGUGUAGUGUGUUACUGAUGGUAGGCUUUGUUACUUUGGUCCCAGCUCUCUGCAGGUCAUUCACUAGGUCCCCCCGUGUGGUUCUGGGAUUUUUGCUCACCGUUCUUGUGAUCAUUUUGACCCCACGGGGUGAGAUCUUGCGUGGAGCCCCAGAUCGAGGGAGAUUAUCAGUGGCCUUGUAUGUCUUCCAUUUCCUAAUAAUUGCUCCCACAGUUGAUUUCUUCAAACCAAGCUGCUUACCUAUUGCAGAUUCAGUCUUCCCAGCCUGGUGCAGGUCUACAAUUUUGUUUCUGGUGUCCUUUGACAGCUCUUUGGUCUUGGCCAUUGUGGAGUUUGGAGUGUGACUGUUUGAGGUUGUGGACAGGUGUCUUUUAUACUGAUAACAAGUUCAAACAUGUGCCAUUAAUACAGGUAACGAGUGGAGGACAGAGGAGCCUCUUAAAGAAGAAGUUACAGGUCUGUGAGAGCCAGAAAUCUUGCUUCUUUGUAGGUGACCAAAUACUUAUUUUCCACCAUAAUUUGCAAAUAAAUUCAAAAGAAAUCCUACAAUGUGAUUUUCUGGAUUUUUUUUCUCAAUUUGUCUGUCAUAGUUGACGUGUACCUAUGAUGAAAAUUACAGGCCUCUCUCAUCUUUUUAAGUGGGAGAACUUGCACAAUUGGUGGCUGACUAAAUACUUUUUCCCCCCCACUGUAUAUGGCAAAUAGAAAUCCAAUAUGGAUGGUGUUAAGAGAUAGAUGGGAGGUAUUGAAUGGAAUUGAAGGAUGGGACUAAUAACAACUAACAACAACUAAUAACAACAAGAUAACUAAUAAUGUAAAGCAUACUGUGUCCAUAAUAAGUAUAUAGGUUGUAGGUUGAGAGCUUUUGUGAAAGAGCACAGUUAGAAAGAUAUGGCAUAUAGAAGCAAACCGGAUGGACAUCAUGAAAAUGAUCGGAGAGGUUGAGAGUAGAAGAAGUUCAGGAGCAAAAACAAAUAAAAUAUAAUUAUUGUAAAAUUAACUCUGUCCAUAAGGUGUAGAUAGUAAGUAUAGACCGGAAGUAGAGGCCUGGGCAUUGUUGUUCACUAAUUUACUCCAAGUAGGGAAAGGAUGGCGUGGUUGAAAAGUAAUAAAGGGGAGUAUAUAUAUAUAAAACAUGGGGGAUUGGAAGUGAUGCAGACAAUUACAUUGAUAGAAGAUACAAUCUAUCUGCAAUAUUAAGCUGAUCUAUAUCUAAAAAAAGUGGUCCUGUCUCAUAAUGCCAAUCUGACCACUGAAAGUGGUCCUGUCUCAUAAUGCCAAUCUCAUAAACCUGUUUCCACGCUGCCAGCCCUCCAGUGCCCAGCCAGCGGCCCUAUACGCCUACAGACCAUGAGAGGAAUCAGACACACAAAACACAACAAAUGGUCAUGCUGAGGACAAUGACACCUAAAGAAUAAACCAAUACCAGACAACAGCAACAUCAACGAUAAUUACAUCCUUAUCACUGUCCUCAUCAAAAAAAGUAAUGCGCAAAUAUCCAUAAACAAAUAUCCAUAAACAGCGGCUCAUUAUCGGCACACUUUCCAUCUUGGCAGUUGUGGAAUACAACAAAGGAAAGAGAGAACAGAGUUGUUAAUGUUCAUUACUCACACGUUGUCAAAACAGAAAAUAGUCCCCAUGUCAUCCUUGUUAUAUUCCAAUAUCAUUUGAGGAACCUGCAAUAACUGAUGAUGGGUAUCCGAUUUAUACAUCACAACACCUUUUGAAAAGAAUACCUCAUCCUAAUUCAUAAUCUCCCUUGACACUAAAGGACACAUAGGGCCACAUGAUAAUGAAGCCCAGUAUGCAGACACGGCCAUUACAGUGAUUGUCUAGUCUAACUGUAGAUCUGUAUAAAAUAUAAUUUUGCACCAGGGUUAGCUGUUCCAACGCUCAGGCUGGGUUACACAAUGUGGACAAGGGGUGAAGAGAGAAAAUACACAAAAACAAAUAAGAUCGAAAUGUCCCGUCCCAUGGGAAAGUACUGCUUUAAUAUGGACUUCCUUUAAUUUGUUGGCGUUGAGCUGAGCCAUGACCAGCCGUUCAAAGCAUUUCAUGGCUACAGAUGUGUCUGUCCAUAGAACAUUCUUCCAAGAGUCUUGACGAUCAUCCAGGUGCUUUUUGGCAAACUUGAGUCAACUUUUUGGACGACAUGGGUCCUAUUUAUGCCUGGCGAAAACCAAACACUGCAUUCCACAGUAAGAACCUCAUACCAACGGUCAAGCAUGGUGGUGGUGGUGGUGUGAUGGUUUGGGGAUGCUUUGCUGCCUCAGGACCUGGACGACUUGCCUUAAUAGAAGGAACCAUGAAUUCUGCUCUGUAUCAGAGAAUUCUACAGGAGAAUGUCAGACCAUCCGUCUGUGAGCUGAAGCUGAAGCGCAGCUGGGUCAUGCAGCAAGACAAUGAUCCAAAACACACUAUCAAGUCUACAUGAAAAUGGCUAAAAAGCAACAAAUUGGAAGUUUUGGAAUGGCCUAGUCAAAGUCCAGACCUAAUCCCAAUUGAGAUGUUGUAGCAGGACUUGAAACGAGCAGUUCAUGCUUGAAAACCCACACGUCACUGAGUUAAAGCAGUUCUGCAUGGAAGAGUGGGCCAAAAUUUCUCCAGAGCGACGUGAGAGACUGAUCAACAACUACAGGAAACAUUUGGUUGGAGUCAUUCCAGCUAAAGGUGGCACAAUCAGUUAUUGAGUGUAAGGGGGCAGUUACUUUUUUACACAGGGGAAUUGGGUUAAUUAGGUGAAUUCACUUUGUUAAUUCAAUAAAUAAAAUAAGUAUCCAUUUAGUUUUUUUGUUAUUUGUAAACUCAGGUUCCCUUUAUCUAAUAUUAGGUUUUGGUUGAAGAUCUGAUAACAUUCAAUAUCAAAAAUAUGCAAAAAUAGAGAAAAUCAGAAAGGGGUCAAAUACUUUUUCAUGGCACUGUAUAUGAAAGAGCUGGUUGAUUAGUAGUAACAUACUACAUGAAAGAGCUGGCUCAUUAGUACUAGCAACAUACUACAUGAAAGUACCUGGAUUGUGUUCAUAAGGGCACGCAACAGAAAACGUUUUUAAAUGUUUUGCAAUGGAAAAUUAAAAUUGCGUUUCAUAUUGGACAAUUCCAGGUAUUUCUUAUUGGACAAUUCCAGGUAUUUCUUAUUGGACAAUUCCUGCCCUGUUUCAUUCCGGUAUCUUCCUUUUUGUGCCUAAUGAACACGACCCUGUACUGUGUUAUACACAACUGACCUUUGACCCCUGACCUGUGUGUCCUACAGGAUGGCAGCCAGGGUCAGCCCGACCCUGACAGUGGAGUGUCCGGUCCUCUCAGCCAGCCCCCGGCCGAGUCUGGCGUUCCGCUGCCCGCUCUCAACCUCCUCUUCAAGGACGGACAGCUGAGGGAGUGGAGUGGACGAGCACCUCAACUUCUCCACAUCUCAGCCCUGCAGAAG